AUGAUGUCCAGUACGGUACUUGACAAGGUUUUACAUACAAGUGCUGCCGGAUCCUACGUGAUCUGACUUGUUCUUUCAGAGUCCAUUGAGCCGUGAGGCAGCAGGAGCAGAAAGAAAAUUAUAUUAAUGUAUAAUAAUAUAGAAAGGCUGGUCCCUCCAGUCUAACCCAGUCUCUCUAAUGACACUCAUCUCUGUUAGGCACACUCCUAAUGUCUGUAAUAGAGGGGUGUUUUAUGGCCUCCACACACACACACACAUUGAGGCAGGCACGUGGUCCCUCUCGUCUCCGUGACCCCCUCAGAGCAGUGAGGGCUGACCUGAAGGCAGUAAUGUCUCUCUAGUAAAACACCAGUAAGGCUGUAAGAGAGUGGCUGUUUCCCCCAGCGUCCAGGCUCUCAGGUCUGGCGUAUGUAUACACACACAUACACACACGGGCAUUUAUUUGUAUGAGGCUGUGGGAGAGAGGAUGUUAGAGUCUUGACGUGGUUACUGUUCUCUGAGGUUUGAUGGGGACCCUUCCUGUCACUGAUGGCACUGUGCCUUAAAGAGGUGUGCUGCCAGGUUGGGAGAGAGGGUUUGUGGCCCUGGGGCCCCUGGAUUGUGACUGCUCUGUUGUGUGGUUCUCUCUGUCACUCAGGAAACAGUGUGACCAGACCAAUGGGUAGAGAGAGAGGUUAACAAUAGAAGGUCUAUGAGAAGAGAGGACUACCAGCCCCAGGCUCAGUGUCUGACUGGGGAAGUAGAUGAGAGGAGAGAUGGAGUGGAGCAGAGAGCAGAGAGAGGGAUGAGAUGAAAGAGAGGACUGGAGGAGGAAGGAGGUCAGGUCAGGAGUGUCGAGCCUGCCAGGUUCAAUUAGAGCAGACAUGAUCAGAAUGAUGAUGCUAAAGGGCAGACAGGCCAUUCUGCGUGCGAGUGUGCGUGUGUGUGUGUCUGUCACGAAAACUAUAGUAGUAACACUUGGCCGUUCCAUAGGUCAUGUUCUCAGGCAGUGUGAGUUCACAACAGAGCACACAUGACAACACUUUCCCCCUGCCUCUUACUCACCAUAUCAUGAGUUUUUUUUAACCUUAUUCAGUCUAUGGUUGUGAGUGACAUAGUAGCAUUUGUUUCUAAUGCCAUGGCACUACUCUGACUCAUCUGCAUUCAUCUGCACCCCCCCCCCCCCCCCCACCACCACUACUAUCACGUGACCCUGAAUUGGGGUGAAUGGAAUAAAGAGACACACAAUUGACACAUGGAAAAUAAUUACAUCGAAAAUCUUAAUGAUUCCUAGAAAAUCUGAAUCAGGAGUUGCACCUUCACUGACUGAUCAAUUUUUCAGUCAUCGCCACGCCCUCCAUCUUCUCUCGCCUCCUGUAUACCCUCCUCUUCUCUCUCUCUCUCCCUCUCGUCUCUCUCUUCUCUGUCUCUGUCUCUCUCAUCUGUCUCUCGUCUCUCUCUCUUCUCAGUCUGCAUCUCGUUCUGAGCUCUCUAUCUUCUCUGCCACGUCCUCCUCUCGACCACUCGUCUCCUCUCUCUCUAUCCUCUACUCCUCUACUCUCCGUCUCAUUCACUCGCUCUUCUCUCUCCACUCUCUCGUCUCUCUCUCUCUAUCACUGUCACUCCCUCUCUCCCACUCUCCUCCUCUAGAUUCCUACUCCCUCUCUCCUCUCUCUCCCAGGAGGGGUGUAUUGUGUGAGGGUCAGCCCCUGACAUCUGUGGCCAGUAGCGUCAGUAGCAGUAGCAGCAGCAGGAACAGCAGAUGAGAGCCAUUGGCUCUCUGGCCCUCCCCUCCUCCCACACAAUAGAGCUGAUUGUCCGCGCAACACACACACACACACACACACACACACACACACACACACACACACACAGACAGAGGGGGCUUUACUGUGGGUAGCGUUCCCCCGCCAUAUGCCCUGUCUCCGCUGGAAUGUGAUUCUCUUCACGCACCACGGACUGGAAACACAGAGAAGUGAGAAAGGAAAGAAAGGAGGAAGAGGUAUGUUGAAGUAAUAUAGAGAGAGAGCAGAAAGGGUGAAAGGGCGAGAGAGAGCGAGAGGAAGGGAGGAUGCGGCGAAAGCAGCGAGGCAGCAGUUUAGCGCAAGCCUGAACCUGCCUAUGUGUGUCUGAGAGAGACAGAGGAAUGGAGGGAAUGAGAGAGGGAGAGGACGCUUUUCUCUUCAUUCUGGCUGUUGUGUAACAAGGAGAAGGAUAUCCAAUCAUCUCUGUGAACGGUAGCGGUUGACUCUGACACACAGACCAAGUCUUGACUAGCGGAAGCCUGGUCUCAGGUCAGUGGGUUUUUCUCUUUUAGAAGGACUGAAGCUCUGUAGUACACUGUAGCCAUGUGUGUUGUGUCCGUACUGGGGGUAGGAGGGUUAUUGAGGCGCUCACAGGCUUUGUUUGUUGGGUGAACACCCCACAGCUGCAGCCUCUCUCAGUAAUACACAUCCGUAGCACACAUGCAAAACACACACACAUGUGAUUGGCAUACACACACACUAACACACAUAUGGAGAAUGACUGCAGUUAUCUUUCUUGGCCAUGCUUGGCUGAAGCCCUUAUCUGUCCCUGUGGUGUGCUGUAGCAGAGGUGUUAGCCACACCGGCUGCAUGUAGCCUGCUGUAGCUAAAGCUGCCAGCUCACCCUGCUGUUUGUGCUGUAUCACAGGCUGUCAGACUCAACAUGUUUAGCUUCAACUAUUAGCUUUUCUCUUGUGUUUGUGACGCCAUCAACUCUUCCUGCUGUGUACGCUGAACUCUAGCUCAAUCUGAUAGCGAUAGAUGCGCUAACAGCUGAAACCAUUACUUGGUAAAAUACAGCUGUAGCUGUGGACUCUUCCUUAUAGCUCCCAUGCUGAGACUGAACUCUUAGUGGACCCUGUUGUGUAGUUGAGACAGGCAUGCAGGGAGUCUCAGGGGGCGACGCUGGGGCUCUGCUUUGGCCCUGUCCCAGACUCCCAUGACUCAGGGCUGAAGGCUGAGAGUUCAGACUAGGAGGGGUUGGGGUGAGUGGGGGUAGGGAGGCUGCUGGGGAAGGAGAGAGGCCCACUGUGACCAGAAAUUUGAUUAAACUGAGGGAGCAGCACAUCUAAAGAGGAGCAGAGAGGGGAGGGGUGUUAAGACCUUCAUCAGACAACACAAUGAAUGCAGCACUAUGUGUGUGUGUGUGUGUGUUUGUGUGUGUGCGCGUGCGUGCGUGCGUGCAUGUGUGUGUGUGUGUAUGAAGGUCUGUGUGUGGGGGUGGGUGGGUGUUUGUGCCCUCUGCCCCAUCAUGCUGUCUCCGCAGUGGUUGUCAGGGGUUCAGCAGUGGUUGUCAGGGGUUCAGCAGUGGUUGUCAGGGGUUCAGCAGGGGUUGUCAGGGGUUCGCCAGUGUUUGGCUUGAUCCCCACCUUUUCUCUCUUCCUCAUGUUCACACUUUUCAUCCCCCUUUCUUCUCCCUUUUAACUCCAGGACCAGAAUACACCGUCAGAAUACACUGUCAGAAUACACAGUCAGAAUACACAGUCAGAAUACACAGUCAGAAUACACUGUCAGAAUACACUGUCAGAAUACACAGUCAGAAUACACAGUCAGAAUACACAGUCAGAAUACACCAUCAGAAUACACCGUCAGAAUACACAGCCAGAAUACACCGUCAGAAUACACAGUCAGAAUACACAGCCAGAAUACACAGCCAGAAUACACCGCCAGAAUACACCGCCAGAAUACAACGCCAGAAUACACCGUCAGAAUACACAGCCAGAAUACACCAUCAGAAUACACCGUCACAGUCAGUGCCUCCAGAAACAGCAGCACCAUAGUCAUCAGUUUCUUUGGGGGAGGGUGUCAUUGACCUGGAGCUUUGUCUUUCACCGUGUCGGAACGAGAGAGAGCGUGAGGAUGCUGAUGAUACUGACUGACACUAUGGCACUCUCCUAGGAAGUGCCCAAUCAAACAUAUAGCUAGCUGAGUGGGUCGGAUCAAUGAGGAUGUCAUUCUGUAAAGUUUUAGAAUAGACCUCAGUUGACUUCAGUCGUAUAGGGGAACAAGACAGCAAAUAAGUAAGUGUGAAAAUAAGUAAGAGGAACUUCAGAUGUGGUGGGAAAUGUCAAACAUCAUUAUGUAACCAUAUUUUAGUGUCCAACUCAUCCUUUUAUGACACAGUGAGAUGCACAGAAUAUGGAACUCUCUCUCUCUCCUCUCUCUCUCUUCCCCUCUCUCUCGCUCUAUCUCCUCUCGCUUCCCUCACUCUCUCCCCACCAGCACUCCCCUCUUUAUUUAUCUCCUCUCUCUCAUCUCUAUCUCGCUCUAGCUCUCUCUCUCUAUCUCUUCUCUCUCUCUCUCUCUCGCUCUCUCGCUCUCUCUCUCUCUCUCUCUCUUCUCUCUCAUUAACACCCUAGCCUCCAGGCCUGCUUCCAGGCUGCAUGUAGAUUUCUGGAACAUUCUGUGCAUGCACUCCUCCACCACUGUGAGGAUUGCUGUAGGGUUCACUGCCUCCAGUCAUUCAUGUUGAACUCAAUAAUUUCCCUAGUCCCGCAUGCUCUCACACAUGCUGUUUAAUUGAUAUUUUAUUGGAUUAUUUUCAUCCAUUCACCUGUAUUCACUGGAGAUCCAUCUGUCAAUGUCAGCCGUGUGUGUGUGUGUGUGUGUGUGUGUGUGUGUGUGUGUGUGUGUGCGUGUGUGCGUGUGUGCGUGCGAGCGAGCAAGAGAGAGACAGAGACAGAGACAGAAAGAGGAAGAGAAAGAUAGCGAGGAGAGGAGGGAAACAGAGACAGUGAGGAGAGAGAGAGAGCUGGGAUAGAGAGAGAGACACCCUAGGGCAUUGUGACCAGACAGUCUCACUGAACUGAACACAAUGUUAGAGUUCAGCUGUGUGUGUAUACUGUACACCCAAAAUAGACAGACCAGCAUUUGUUGUUGUAGCCUUUUGUUAUUAUUAAGCAAUAAGGCACGAGGGGGUGUGGUAUAUGGCCAAUAUACCACGGCUAAGGGCUGUUCUUAGGUACGACGCAACACCAUAUAUGGCCAUAUACCACAAACCCCCUGAGGUGCCUUAUUGCUAUUAUAAACUGGUUACCAAUGUAAUUACAGCAGUAAAAAUAGAUGUUUUGUCAUACCCGUGGUAUACGGUCUGAUAUGCCACUGCUGUCAGCCAAUCAGCAUUCAGGGCUCGAGCCACCCAGUUUAUAACAUGCAAUGUACAAUAACUCUCUCUAUUAUUGAAGUGUAUCACAUAACCAGCACUGAAUGGAGUCUGUGUAAUAUGUCUGGGUUAUUUAUGGCCAGAGAGCCAGACUGAUGUACUAGCCCAUUGGGAAUCAAUCAGAUGUGAAGACUGUGAAUGGCUGGUAAUAUUGAUUGACACAUUUCAGAGCCUCCAUCCCACAGCUGUGGCCUGUUUCCUCAUGUCACGGCUCUACAGGCCUGAAGCAUUGAUUAGAGGGGGGGGGGGGGGGGGGGGUGGCCUGUCAAUGUUAUCACCUACUCAGAGUCCCUAUAUUCAUCUCUUCCCCCGGUGUUCAGAGUGCCUCCACUCCUGUGUCUGGUUAGAUCUUCAUUAUUGUCUCUCCGUCACGUACAAAGUCAAUUUCACACCUGCAUAGAUAAUAGCCUGGAGAUCUCUGUUCUCCGCCCUGUUAUCUCUCCUUCAUUCCCUCCUGUUUUUCUCUCUCUCUCACUUUCUCUUUCUCUCUGUCUCUCUUGUCUCUCUCUCUCGCUCUCUGUCUCUCUCUCUCUACUCCUCUCACUCUCUCUGUCUGUGAUUGUAAUCCCUGUAAUGUUAAACCAGACACAUCUCCCUCUAAUGUUAUGACAGGAAGUGUUUAGCAGGGGGGCGUUCAGGUUCACCUCUCCAGGUCACUGUGUUCCUCAUUAGAGCUGUGUUCGACAUCCUGCAGAGACCGGGUUUGUUGUUGUACCAGACUGUGGUUCAUUGAACACCCUGGAAUGUUAGUGUGGGCAUGACUGGCCUAUGACCUCUCUGUGUAUUGUGCGUGUGCGCGUGCGUUUGCAAAACUCUAUAAUUGUUUGUUUUUAUUUUGGAGAGACGAGAGAGGGGCUCAUCUGGUCCCUAUCUCCCCCGACCAGCAGACACACUCUCUGAUUGGAGGGACGUGACUGGGCAUAUUAACUAUCUCUAUAAUGAAAAAUCACUUCCUGGCUUAUGCAGAGAAGUGAUGCAAAUUAGGUCUAAGUUACUUACUAUCUAUUCAUGAUAAUUUCCUUACUGUGGAUGAAUACGGUAUUCUCUGUCUUCUGGUGUCAUUUUAUCAGGAUUGAGGCGGUUUUAACGGCAUUCAUGGUUUUUUUUUAUGGAGAAGAAUGACUGCAAGUUCCCCUCUACGUAGUUGGGUUUGUCAUGUUUAUAAUGCAGUGUUCAGGUCAGCUAUUAGAUUUGUGCCUGAUUGAGAUGAUACUAGAUCUCAUCCCUCUGAUCACCUGGCCUGAGAGAGAGAGCGAUAGAGUGACACAUUAACUCUAACACACACAAACACAACUCCAGUCUGUCCCUGGCCCCUCCCACACCUGAUUACACCUGCAGCGUCCUGGGAACUGGUUGUACAAUGACAGACAGACAGGGAGGGAGGGCAGAGCGUUGAGGUUAAACAACACAAACACAGUAAUGCAGCAACCACCACUAGAUGAGGAAACCUGCAGCAUAGAACAGGACCAAACUAACUAACAUAGCUUCCUUUGAUCUGCUUUUCUGGUUAAACUGGGACAUGGAGAGGCUGUGUAGUACGGAUAGGCAGCAGGGGGAAACACAGCCCCACUGGAGAGGAGAUUACUCAGGUACUGUCCAGAUAGUAUUGUUGAGUAUUGUUUACUUUUAAUAACCUCAAACACCCACACACCCUGUCAGAUACAGUGGGGAGAACAAGUAUUUGAUACACUGCCGAUUUUGCAGGUUUUCCUACUAACAAAGCAUGUAGAGGUCUGUAAUGUUUAUCAUAGGUACACUUCAACUGUGAGAGACGGAAUCUAAAACAAAAAUCCUGAAAAUCACAUUGUAUGAUUUUUAAGUAAUUAAUUUGCAUUUUAUUGCAUGACAUAAGUAUUUGAUACAUCAGAAAAGCAGAACUUAAUAUUUGGUACAGAAACCUUUGUUUGCAGUUACAGAGAUCAUAUGUUUCCUGUAGAUCUUGACCAGGUUUGCACACACUGCAGCAGGGAUUUUGGCCCACUCCUCCAUACAGACCUUCUCCAGAUCCUUCAGAUUUCGGGGCUGUCGCUGGGCAAUACGGACAUUCAGCUCCCUCCAAAGAUUUUCUAUUGGGUUCAGGUCUGGAGACUGGCUAGGCCGCUCCAGGACCUUGAGAUGCUUCUUACGGAGCCACUCCUUAGUUGCCCUGGCUGUGUGUUUCGGGUCGUUGUCAUGCUGGAAGACCCAGCCACGACCCAUCUUCAAUGCUCUUACUGAGGGAAGGAGGUUGUUGGCCAAGAUCUCGCGAUACAUGGCCCCAUCCAUCCUCCCCUCAAUACGGUGCAGUCGUCCUGUCCCCUUUGCAGAAAAGCAUCCCAAAGAAUGAUGUUUCCACCUCCAUGCUACACGGUUGGGAUGGUGUUCUUGGGGUUGUACUCACCCUUCUUCUUCCUCCAAACACGGCGAGUGGAGUUUAGACCAAAAAGCUCUAUUUUUGUCUCAUCAGACCACAUGACCUUCUCCCAUUCCUCCUCUGGAUCAUCCAGAUGGUCAUUGGCAAACUUCAGAUGGGCCUGGACAUGCGCUGGCUUGAGCAGGGGGACCUUGCGUGCGCUGCAGGAUUUUAAUCCAUGACGGCGUAGUGUGUUACUAAUGGUUUUCUUUGAGACUGUGGUCCCAGCUCUCUUCAGGUCAUUGACCAGGUCCUGCCGUGUAGUUCUAGGCUGAUCCCUCACCUUCCUCAUGAUCAUUGAUGCCCCACUAGGUGAGAUCUUGCAAGGAGCCCCAGACCGAGGGUGAUUGACCGUCAUCUUGAACUUCUUCCAUUUUCUAAUAAUUGCGCCAACAGUUGUUGCCUUCUCACCAAGCUGCUUGCCUAUUGUCCUGUAGCCCAUCCCAGCCUUGUGCAGGUCUACAAUUGUAUCCCUGAUGUCCUUACACAGCUCUCUGGUCUUGGCCAUUGUGGUCUUGGCCACUCUGUACUCCUGAGUGGCGCAGUGGUCUAAGGCACUGCAUCGCAGUGCUAACUGUGCCACUAGAGAUCCUGGUUCGAAUCCAGGCUCUGUCGCAGCCGGCUGCGACCGGGAGACUCAUGGGCGGCGCACAAUUGGCCCAGCGUCGUCCAGGGUAGGGGAGGGAAUGGCCGGCAGGGAUGUAGCUCAGUUGAUAGAGCAUGGCGUUUGCAACGCCAGGGUUGUGGGUUCGAUUCCCAUGGGGGGCCAGUAUAAAAAAUAAAAUAAAAAAAAUGUAUUCACUAACUGUAAGUCGCUCUGGAUAAGAGCGUCUGCUAAAUGACUAAAAAUGUAAAAAUGUUUAAAAAAAUGAGAGGUUGGAGUCUGUUUGAUUGAGUGUGUGGACAGGUGUCUUUUAUACAGGUAACGAGUUCAAACAGGUGCAGUUAAUACAGGUAAUGAGUGGAGAACAGGAUGGCUUCUUAAAGAAAAACUAACAGGUCUGUGAGAGCCGGAAUUCUUACUGGUUGGUAGGUGAUCAAAUACUUAUGUCAUGCAAUAAAAUGCAAAUUAAUUACUUAAAAAUCAUACAAUGUGAUUUUCAGGAUUUUUGUUUUAGAUUCCGUCUCUCACAGUUGAAGUGUACCUAUGAUAAACAUUACAGACCUCUACAUGCUUUGUAAGUAGGAAAACUUGCAAAAUCAGCAGUGUAUCAAAUACUUGUUCUCCCCACUGUAUAUCCCGAAAUACAUUACUUCCUGCUGAGGAAAAGUAGCUUUGUGUAGAUACAGUUGAAGUCGGAAGUUUACAUACACCUUAGCCAAAUACAUUUAAACUCAGUUUUUCACAAUUCCUGACAUUUAAUCCUAGUAAAAAUGCCCUGUUUUAGGUCAGUUAGGAUCACCACUUUAUUUUAAGAAUGUGAAAUGUCAGAAUAAUAGUAGAGAGAAUUAUUUAUUUCAGCUUUUAUUUCUUACAUCACAUUCCCAGUGUGUCAGAAGUUUACAUACACUCAAUUAGUAUUUGGUAGCAUUGCCUUUAAAUUGUUUAACUUGGGUCAAACAUUUCGGGUAGCCUUCCACAAGCUUCCCACAAUAAGUUGGGUGAAUUUUGGCCCAUUCCUCCUGACAAAGCUGGUGUAACUGAGUCAGGUUUGUAGGCCUCCUUGCUCGCACACGCUUUUUCAGUUCUGCCCACACAUUUUCUAUAGGAUUGAGGUCAGGGCUUUGUGAUGGCCACUCCAAUACAUUGACUUUGUUGUCCUUAAGCCAUUUUGCCACAACUUUGGAAGUAUGCUUGGGAUCAUUGUCCAUUUGGAAGACCCAUUUGCGACCAAGCUUUAACUUCCUGACUGAUGUCUUGAGAUGUUGCUUCAAUAUAUCCACAUAAUUUUUCUUCCUCAUGAUGCCAUAUAUUUUGUGACGUUUACCAGUCCCUCCUGCAGCAAAGCACCCCCACAGCAUGAUGCUGCCACCCCCGUGCUUCACGGUUGGGAUGGUGUUCUUUGGCUUGCAAGCUUCCCCCUUUUUCCUCCAAACAUAACAAUGGUCAUUAUGGCCAAACAGUUCUAUUUUUGUUUAAUCAGACCAGAGGACAUUUCUCCAAAAAGUACGAUCUUUGUCCCCAUGUGCAGUUGCAAACCGUAGUCUGGCUUUUUUAAGGCGGUUUUGGAGCAGUGGCUUCUUCCUUGCUGAGCGGCGUCGAUAUUUUACUGUGGAUAUAGAUACUCGUUUUACUGUGGAUAUAGAGACUCGUUUUACUGUGGAUAUAGAUACUUUUGUACUUGUUUCCUCCAGCAUCUUCACAAGGUCCUUUGCUGUUGUUCUGGGAUUGAUUUGCACUUUUCACACCAAAGUAUGUUAAUCUCUAGGAGACAGAACGCGUCUCCUUCCUGAGCGGUACGACGGCUGCAUUGUCCCAUGGUGUUUAUACUUGCGUACUAUUGUUUGUACAGAUGAACGUGGUACCUGUUAAGAUAAUUUCUAUCUCUAAUUCAACCUAAGCUUGAAUCAUUACCAGAGGUUGUAAGGCUCUGGUUUUAAUCAUAAAUGAUUCAAGGUCCACAACCAACAAGGAUUAUCUUUAUCUUUAUUCAUGGAGAGCUCUGGCGCCAAAACCCAUACCCUCCUGUUUUAUACCCCCUUGACACACAAAGGCACUUUGCUCCGCCCACCUUUAGGAGGCUUUCUUAAACAGUUUCCACCUUUCUCCUUCACCCUGGAAUGUUUAGUCCCGCCCCCCCUCUGUUAGUGGGUUGAUAAUUGUAACACAGUUUACACAUUUAUACUGUAUUUGGGGUGAAAUCCUUUAGUCAUUAUUCGUAAAAUACAAAUUAAUCUAACAGUACAUUCAGGCAUUUGGAAAUUGCUCCCAAGGAUAAACCAGACUUGUGGAGGUCUACAAUUUUAUUGGCUGAUUUAUUUUGAUUUUCCCAUGAAGUCAAGCAAAGAGGCACUGAGUUUGAAGGUAUGCUUUGAAAUACAUCCACAGGUACACCUCCAAUUGACUCAAAUGAUGUCAAUUAGCCUAUCAGAAGCUUCUAAAGCCAUAACAUAAUUUUCUGGAAUUUUCCAAGCUGUUUAAAGGCACAGUCAACUUAGUGUAUGUAAACUUCUGACCCACUGGAAUUGUGAUACAGUGAAUUAUAAGUGAAAUAAUCUGUCUGUAAACAAUUGUUGGAAAAAUUACUUGUGUCAUGCACGAAGUAGAUGUCCUAACCGACUUGCCAAAACUAUAGUUUGUUAACAAGAAAUUUGUGGAGUGGUUGAAAAACUAGUUUUAAUGACUCCAACCUAAGUGUAUAUAAACGUCCGACUUCAACUGUAUGUAGAACAGCAUCUGUACAUUAUGAUGUAUAUGUAUGUAGGUAGGUUAUGUCUUACUGUAGGUUAUGUCUUACUGUAGGUUAUAUUCUACUGUAGGUUAGGUCUUACUGUAGGUUAUGUCUUACUGUAGAUUAUGUCCAACAGUAGGUUAAGUCUUACUGUAGGUUAUAUCCUACUGUAGUUUAUAGGUUUAUCCUACUGUAGUUUGUGUUCUACUGUAGGUUAUAUCUUACUCUAGGUUAUGUCCUACUGUAGGUUAUGUCUUACUGCAGGUUAUGCCUUACUGUAGGUUAUCUUACUGUAGGAUAUAUCUUACUGUAGGUUAUGUCCUACUGUAUGUGAGAGAAUAUUUCAUGCCAAAAUCAUUUGCUGUGUUUAUGACUGAGAGCAGUGCUGUUGGGGUCAGUAGUUCAGUUGAACACGCUGUACAGUUAGGCCUGUGUAUAGUUUAGGCCCGAUGACAAGUGAUCUGUUUAUCAUGUGUAUCUGGUGUAGAAUCAGUCAAGCCUCUCACUAGACCUGAAGAGAUACGUUUGUUAAUUUUUUCUCAGAGUGUAGCAGGGCUUUAUAUAGCACUUAUAUUUUUCUGAAGUAGUUCUUGUCAGGACUGAUGUAUGUGUGUGUUAUUGCACCGCUUGGUUAUAUGGUGAAGAGAUGUCAGAGGAGAGGAGAGGAGAGGAGAGGAGAGGAGAGGAGAGGAGAGGAGAGGAGAGGAGAGGAGAGGAGAGGAGAGGAGAGGAGAGGAGAGGAGAGGAGAGGAGAGGAGAGGAGAGGAGAGGAUGUCAGUAAUGCUUGUCAAUGACACAGAGAAUGCCAAGAGUGUGCGAAGGGUGGCUACUUUGAAGAAUCUCAAAUAUACAAUAUAUUUUGAUUUGUUUAACACUUUUUUAGUUACUACAUGAUUCCAUAUGUGUUAUUUCAUAGUUUUGAUGUCUUCACUAUUAUUCUACAGUGUAGAAAAUUGUAAAAAAUAAAGAAAAACCAUUGAAUGAAUAGGUGUGUCCAAACGUUUGACUGGUACUGUAUGUAUGUUUGUCUUUCGGAGGGGCUGGGUUAAAAGCGGAAGUCAAAUUUGGGUUUAGCUAUUUAACAAUAAAUUGCACACAAUUCAUCUUAAUCGUAAACACCACAGCUCAUUAGCUCCCAGGUGAUGUGCAGGUCAUCUGCCCUGAAGGCCAUGAUUAUGUGGGCAUUUUUCCAUAUAAAUACAAACAUACAUUAUUGAUUCAUACCUCCACACUGUGGUAGGCACUGUGACUGUGACCUUAUCACUUCCCUAUAUCUUCAUCAGAGCUUCGUAUAGUCACUAGUUUUACUUUCAUAACAUCUCAGCCUUAUCACCUCUGACUCUGUAUCACCUCAGAUGUCUAACUGAAUAUUUCUUCCUCAUUCCUCACAACUUAACAGUACCUUAUUGAUUCAGUACUGUAUCCUCUCAGUGGCCUCUGGCUCUCAUCACUCCUCAUGCCUGUCCAAUCCCUAGGCUGCACUGGGCUGAGGUCCCCGGUCACAGCCCUGUUGUCCUGUGUUAGGACCUAAUGUUUAAGGGGGGGGGGGGGGGGGGGGGGGGGGUCAGUAACAAGGAACUGAAAAACAGGACGUGCAGUGACAGGAAGAGGAAGUUUGGGGUUAGAGCCGUUGCCAGAGAUUGCUCCCACAGUGAAGCAUCAUUGGACAUGUUGAGUUGCCUCCUCACCCCUGUGGUAGGUGUUCUUUUUUCAUGGCUGCUUUGGUAACACAGCCCCCUCUUAGGGAAACGAUAGCUGUUUGUGUGUGUGUGUGUGUGUGUGUGUGUGUGUGUGUGAGAGAGAGAGAGAGAGAGAGAGAGAGAGAGAGAGAGAGAGAGAGAGAGAGAGAGAGAGAGAACAGCAGGCAAGCCUGUCAUGAGGAGUCCAGAUGGUGGGUGGAGAAAGCCCUCUGCUUUAAUCCCUGCGCCAGGAUAUUGUACCCUCCCACCACACACACCUCCAUGGCCCCACACUAAGCAUGUCCACUCUUCCCCUAAACACCCUUCCUGACUGUCACUGUUGUAACAGCAAACUUUGGGAAGUGGGUGCUGCUUGUGGUUAAAAUGAAGAAAGAUCAGAACAUUUUGCAUGUGUGUGUGCGCUUACUAUUGCAUGUGGGUGUGUGUGUGUGUGUGUGUGUGUGUGGGCCUAUCAUUAUUUUACUAGCUAGUGUGUCUGUUUUCUCUUUAAUAUUUUAUGUGCAUAUGAAUUGGCUCUGGUGAGUGUAUUAGCUGUCCCUAGUGAGGAUGCCCUACAUAUCACAGUAUAACUCAUUAGAUUUCAAUCUCAGAGGAAUGGAAUAUUAUUUUAUUUUCAAAAAUAUAUAAGAUUAACUCUGGCCUAAUGCUUGGUCAGAGCACUGUCUCAUUGUAGCUGCUGCCCAGAAUCCCUCCAAACUACACAAGAGAUUCCAGACUUCACAUCACGCUUUCUCUCUCUCUCUCUCUCUCUCCCUCUCUGUUGCGCUGCUUCUAUCCCCCCCCCCCCUCUCUCUCUCUCUCUCUCUCUCUCUCUCUCUCUCUGUUGCACUGCUUCUGUCUCCCCCCUCUCUCUCUCUCUCUCUCUCUCUCUCACCCCUAGUCAAUAAAUCCACAAUCUAUCUCUCAUCUCUUACUUCCUUCAUCUACCUACAGUAUCUCGUUCUUCUCUCACCCACUUUCUCACUCUUAAUAGUCAAUUCAAUUCAAUUCAAUUCAAAGGGCUUUAUUGGCAUGGGAAACAUAUGUUUACAUUGCCAAAGCAAGUGAAAUAGAUAACAAACAAAAGUUAAAUAAACAAUAAAAAAAAUAAACAGUAAACAUUACACUCACAAAAGUUCCAAAGGAAUAGAAACAUUUCAAAUGUCAUAUUAUGGCUAUACAGUGUUGUAACGAUGUGCAAUUAAUUAUCACUAUCUCCUCUUUGAAUCACAAACCUCUUUGAAUCACUAUCUCCUCUUUGAAUCACUAUCUCCUCUUUGAAUCACUAUCUCCUCUUUUAAUCACUAUCCUCUUUUAAAUCACUAUCUCCUCUUUUAAUCUCUAUAUCACAUAUCUCCUCUCUCUCCUUCUAUCCUUAUCUGUUCAUUAACUUCUGUAGUCUACUGUACUAAACGAGAAGUAUUUAACCUUUGUGUAGUGACAGGCCCUAAAGUGGUGUGUAGAUGUGACCAUGGUGUACUCACUGUUCUAUGGUUUCGUAUACAGUGGCUUGCGAAAGUAUUCACCCCCCUUGGCAUUUUUCCUAUUUUGUUGCCUUACAACCUGGAAUUAAAAUUGAUUUUUUGGGGGUUUGUAUCAUUUGAUUUACACAACAUGCCUACCACUUUGAAGAUGUAAAAUAUGUUUUAUUGUGAAACAAACAAGAAAUAAGACCCCAAAAAAGAAUUUGAGCGUGCAUAACUAUUCACCCCCCCCAAAGUCAAUACUUUGUAGAGCCACCUUUUGCAGCAAUUACAGCUGCAAGUCUCUUGGGGUAUGUCUCUAUAAGCUUGGCACAUCUAGCCACUGGGAUUUUUGCCCAUUCUUCAAGGCAAAACUGCUCCAGCUCCUUCAAGUUGGAUGGGUUCCGCUGGUGUACAGCAAUCUUUAAGUCAUACCACGGAUUCUCAAUUGGAUUGAGGUCUGGGCUUUGACUAGGCCAUUCCAAGACAUUUCAAUGUUUGCCCUUAAACCACUCGAGUGUUGCUUUAGCAGUAUGCUUAGGGUUAUUGUCCUGCUGUAAGGUGAACCUCCGUCCCAGUCUCAAAUCUCUGGAAGACUGAAACAGGUUUCCCUCAAGAAUUUCCCUGUAUUUAGCGCCAUCCAUCAUUCCUUCAAUUCUGACCAGUUUCCCAGUCCCUGCCGAUGAAAAACAUCCCCACAGCAUGAUGCUGCCACCACCAUGCUUCACUGUGUGGAUGGUGUUCUCGGGGUGAUGAGAGGUGUUGGGUUUGCGCCAGACAUAGCAUUUUCCUUGAUGGCCAGAAAGCUGAAUUUUAGUCUCAUCUGACCAGAGUACCUUCUUCCAUAUGUUUGGGGAGUCUCCCACAUGCCUUUUGGUGGCUUAUUUCUUUCUUUAAGCAAUGGCUUUUUUCUGGCACUCUUCCGUAAAGCCCACCUCUGUGGAGUGUACGGCUUAAAGUGGUCCUAUGGACAGAUAUUCCAAUCUCCGCUGUGGAGCUUUGCAGCUCCUUCAGGGUUAUCUUUGGACUUUUUGUUGCCUCUGAUUAAUGCCCUCCUUGCCUGGUCUGUGAGUUUUGGCAGGUUUGUUGUGGUGCCAUAUUUAAUGGUGCUCCGUGGGAUGUUCAGAGUUUCAGAUAUUUUUUUAUAACCCAACCCUGAUCUGUACUUCUCCACAACUUUGUCGCUGAUCUGUUUGGAGAGCUCCUUGGUCUUCAUGGUGCUGCUUGCUUGGUGGUGCCCCUUGCUUAGUGGUGUUGCAGACUCUGUGGUACUCUGUAGCUCAGCUGGUAGAGCACGGCGCUUGUAACGCCAAGGUAGUGGGUUCGAUCCCCGGGACCACCCAUACACAAAAAUGUAUGUACGCAUGACUGUAAGUCGCUUUGGAUAAAAGCGUCUGCUAAAUGGCAUAUUAUAUAUUAUUACUCUGGGGCCUUACAGAACAGGUGUACAGUGGGGGAAAAAAGUAUUUAGUCAGCCACCAAUUGUGCAAGUUCUCCCACUUAAAAAGAUGAGAGAGGCCUGUAAUUUUCAUCAUAGGUACACGUCAACUAUGACAGACAAAAUGAGAUUUUUUUUCCCAGAAAAUCACAUUGUAGGAUUUUUAAUGAAUUUAUUUGCAAAAUAUGGUGGAAAAUAAGUAUUUGGUCAAUAACAAAAGUUUCUCAAUACUUUGUUAUAUACCCUUUGUUGGCAAUGACACAGGUCAAACGUUUUCUGUAAGUCUUCACAAGGUUUUCACACACUGUUGCUGGUAUUUUGGCCCAUUCCUCCAUGCAGAUCUCCUCUAGAGCAGUGAUGUUUUGGGGAUGUCGCUGGGCAACACAGACUUUCAACUCCCUCCAAAGAUUUUCUAUGGUGUUGAGAUCUGGAGACUGGCUAGGCCACUCCAGGACCUUGAAAUGCUUCUUACGAAGCCACUCCUUCGUUGCCUGGGCGGUGUGUUUGGGAUCAUUGUCAUGCUGAAAGACCCAGCCACGUUUCAUCUUCAAUGCCCUUGCUGAUGGAAGGAGGUUUUCACUCAAAAUCUCACGAUACAUGGCCCCAUUCAUUCUUUCCUUUACACGGAUCAGUCGUCCUGGUCCCUUUGCAGAAAAAACAGCCCCAAAGCAUGAUGUUUCCACCCCCAUGCUUCACAGUAGGUAUGGUGUUCUUUGGAUGCAACUCAGCAUUCUUUAUCCUCCAAACACGACGAGUUGAGUUUUUACCAAAAAGUUCUAUUUUGGUUUCAUCUGACCAUAUAACAUUCUCCCAAUCCUCUUCUGGAUCAUCCAAAUGCACUCUAGCAAACUUCAGUCGGGCCUGGACAUGUACUGGCUUAAGCAGGGGGACACGUCUGGCACUGCAGGAUUUGAGUCCCUGGCGGCGUAGUGUGUUACUGAUGGUAGGCUUUGUUACUUUGGUCCCAGCUCUCUGCAGGUCAUUCACUAGGUCCCCCCGUGUGGUUCUGGGAUUUUUGCUCACCGUUCUUGUGGUCAUUUUGACCCCACGGGGUGAGAUCUUGCGUGGAGCCCCAGAUCGAGGGAGAUUAUCAGUGGUCUUGUAUGUCUUCCAUUUCCUAAUAAUUUCUCCCACAGUUGAUUUCUUCAAACCAAGCUGCUUACCUAUUGCAGAUUCAGUCUUCCCAGCCUGGUGCAGGUCUACAAUUUUGUUUCUGGUGUCCUUUGACAGCUCUUUGGUCUUGGCCAUAAUGGAGUUUGGAGUGUGACUGUUUGAGGUUGUGGACAGGUGUCUUUUAUACUGAUAACAAGUUCAAACAGGUGCCAUUAAUACAGGUAACGAGUGGAGGACAGAGGGGCCUCUUAAAGAAGAAGUUACAGGUCUGUGAGAGCCAGAAAUCUUGCUUGUUUGUAGGUGACCAAAUACUUAUUUUCCACCAUAAUUUGCAAAUAAAUUCAUAAAAAAUCCUACAAUGUGAUUUUCUGGAUUUUUUUUCUCAAUUUGUCUGUCAUAGUUGACGUGUACCUAUGAUGAAAAUUACAGGCCUCUCUCAUCUUUUUAAGUGGGAGAACUUGCACAAUUGGUGGCUGACUAUAUACUUUUUUUCCCCACUGUAUAUAUACUGAGAUCAUGUGACACUUAGAUUGCAAACAGGUGGACUUUAUUUAACUAAUUAUGUGACUUCUGAAGGUAAUUGGUUGCACCAGAUCUUAUUUAGGGGCUUCAUAGAAAAGGGGGUGAAUACAUAUGCACGCACCACUUUUCCGUGAUUUCUUUUUUAGACAUUUUUGAAACAAGUUAUUUUUUUCAUUUCACUUCACCAAUUUGGACUAUUUUGUGUAUGUCCAUUACAUGAAAUCCAAAUAAAAAUCCAUUGAAAUUACAUGUUGUAAUGCAACAAAAUAGGAAAAACGCCAAGGGGGAUGAAUUAUUUUGCAAGGCACUGUACUAAAAGCUCUCUCCUCCCUCCAUCCAGCCCUAGGUGAUAACACUGUCAGUGCUUCUUAGUUUAACCAAGUUGUGUUGUUGUGGUAUUAGGUUAAUAUGAGCAUGGGUGUGUGGGAGAGGGAGUGCAUGUGUGGGGGGGGUCAGAGAUGUCACCACACACAUUCAAACUUUGCUACACUAUGUUGGCCGCUCAGUCUUUUGUGGUCUCAGUUAUCAGAAAGGGUCCAGCUCAGGUAUAUCUUAAUAUUUAUGUUAAUGUCAAUUUAGGGCAGAGAGAAAGUGAAAGUAAUAGAAUGAAAAGAGAUGUGGGUCCCAUCCAGAUGAGAUGUGCAGAGGGCAGUUCAUUCUGGGCUGGAGAAACGCUCCCCUCAGCAGCACACAGGUUCACAGGCUGGGUCUGAAGGAAGCCGUGUGUCUCUCUCUCUGCAGUUCUAUUUUGAUAUAUAUGUGUGUGUGUGUAUGUCGCUUAGAGCAGUAAUGAUGAAUGAGUCUCUCCUUUCUGUGCCACACUUUCUCUCUCUCUCUUUAUCCGUCUACCCUCCUCCCUCUCUUCUCAUCCACCAGUCUGCUUCCUCCCUUUCUCUCUGUUCAUUUUUCCUUUUCCUCUUUCAACUGUAUUUCUCUUUUUGCUCUGUGCUUAUUCCCCCCCCCCCCCCUUUGAAUGCAUCUGUCCUUUUGUAUCUCCCUCCUUCCCUCUCUCCCAGUUUUCCCCAGUGCCCAGCCUCAGAGGGGGUAGCCUAUAAUCUAAAAUUGGGCUGUGGAUGAGGGGAGGGUUAAUCUAAAGAAAGUCUGGGUGAUUCAACACAGCCAUUUAAUCCCAGGCCUUACUGUAAAUCCUCCUGUCUGUCUCUCUGUGUUGUAUUGGGUCGUCUGGCCUCAGUGUCUCUGGGAGUUCAGUCUGUAACUGUAUUACUGUAACACUGGUUUAACUCUCCUUUUCACUACAGCAGAUCUGCUAAGUCUCCAUUUCUCUGGAUAAACUGUGCCAAGUAGCUACAUUUAUUAGGGCUGUCAAGUUAACUUUUUGUAAUUUUACUUCAGUCUUUUUUGAUCUGUAUUACAUUGUCUGAAAGUGUUCAAAAUACACUGAAAACAUCAUAAAUACAUCAUCUAUACAGGUAACAACAAAGAUGCAAUGUCCAAACAAGUUGAUAUUGAGGUUAAAGAAAGUGUGCUUUUUCAAUUUACCUGAUUUUGCUAACCUUUACUUUGGACAAAAUCAAGCAGUUAUUAUUCUUGUUAUGGUUUUUGUACAAAACAUCUUAAAUUACUUCUCAAUUAAUGACAGAAAAUCGUACGAUUAACUAAUUAAAUUUUUUCAUCGUUUGACAGCCCUAACAUUUAUACAUGCACUGCAAUCUCAGUAACAAGGACAACAAGUCUGACAGGCAACUCUCGGUGAAGUUGCUUUAGAGAUGGAUCGACAUGUACAGAAUGGGUACCUAGAGGACAUUCAGAAGCUGAGCUACAACCUUCUAUAGCCGAGGAGACCAAACAUGUACUUUGCUUGGGAAGUCAUUUAAUUCUGUCACUAUCAAUUGAUAAAGCUAUUCACUUUCUGUACAAUAGAAGACAGCUUUUAGGGAAACAAUUGUGACUUUCUGUCGUUGGGUUAAGCCACGGAAGAAGAGUAGCCAGUAGUUAAAGCUUACAUUUUCCUGCGUCAGUAGGCCUACUCUUUUGGUAGGCCUAACUUUUUAAAGUACCAUGCUCAGAUUCCUAAUGACGUCUCAGAUUUAAUUAUUUGCAAACAGGUACAGUUUCAUUACAAACAAGACACACUGAUUUGGCAUUGGAGAAAUAUGAUAAGAUGAACACAUGGCCUAUCUCUCUGUACAUACAUAUUGUGCUAAUAUGUAAAAUGAUGUAGAAUUGCAUGACAUUUUUAUAAAAGGCUAUUUGUUCUCGGACCUGCAAAUACGAUGAUAGAUUCAUGCAAUGAUUUUACUAUAAAGGAGAUCUUUCCACCCUUACUCUUGUCCACGGUGGUCUGUGAACCUACAACCUUCUGGCCCGCAGCCCUGUGCCAUGUAAUGCUUACAGGAGAAAUAACAGUUUCUAAAACGGCAUAUCUAAGGCUCUGGUCUGUCCAAGAAGUGAUGGUAAACAGUAAGGAUGUUCUCUGCUAUCCACGUCGUGUUUUAAUGAUUAUUUUGGGUAUAGGGGAGAGUCACUUUUUUUUUCAAGCGUUCAGGGAGGGUUUAGGUCAAAUACUGUAUAUGCUGAAGGGAGGGCCAUUCAUUUUCAUAUCAGAGAGUUCCGAUUUCCUCCAUGUACAGUGGGGAAAAAAAGUAUUUAGUCAGCCACCAAUUGUGCAAGUUCUCCCACUUAAAAAGAUGAGAGAGGCCUGUAAUUUUCAUCAUAGGUACACAUCAACUAUGACAGACAAAUUGAGAAAAAAAAAUCCAGAAAAUCACAUUGUAGGAUUUGUAAUGAAUUUAUUUGCAAAUUAUGGUGGAAAAUAAGUAUUUGGUCACCUACAAACAAGCAAGAUUUCUGGCUCUCACAGACCUGUAACUUCUUCUUUAAGGAGGCUCCUCUGUCCUCCACUCGUUACCUGUAUUAAUGGCACCUGUUUGAACUUGUUAUCAGUAUAAAAGACACCUGUCCACAACCUCAAACAGUCACACUCCAAACUCCACUAUGGCCAAGACCAAAGAGCUGUCAAAGGACACCAGAAACAAAAUUGUAGACCUGCACCAGGCUGGUAAGACUGAAUCUGCAAUAGGUAAGCAGCUUGGUUUGAAGAAAUCAACUGUGGGAGCAAUUAUUAGGAAAUGGAAGACAUACAAGACCACUGAUAAUCUCCCUCGAUCUGGGGCUCCACGCAAGAUCUCACCCCGUGGGGUCAAAAUGAUCACAAAAAUCCCAGAACCACACGGGGGGACCUAGUGAAUGACCUGCAGAGAGCUGGGACCAAAGUAACAAAGCCUACCAUCAGUAACACACUACGCCGCCAGGGACUCAAAUCCUGCAGUGCCAGACGUGUCCCCCUGCUUAAGCCAGUACAUGUCCAGGCCCGUCUGAAGUUUGCUAGAGUGCAUUUGGAUGAUCCAGAAGAGGAUUGGGAGAAUGUCAUAUGGUCAGAUGAAACCAAAAUAGAACUUUUUGGUAAAAACUCAACUCGUCGUGUUUGGAGGACAAAGAAUGUUGAGUUGCAUCCAAAGAACACCAUACCUACUGUGAAGCAUGGGGGUGGAAACAUCAUGCUUUGGGGCUGUUUUUCUGCAAAGGGACCAGGACGACUGAUCCGUGUAAAGGAAAGAAUGAAUGGGCCAUGUAUCGUGAGAUUUUGAGUGAAAACCUCCUUCCAUCAGCAAGGGCAUUAAAGAUGAAACGUGGCUGGGUCUUUCAGCAUGACAAUGAUCCCAAACACGCCGCCCGGGAAAGGAAGGAGUGGCUUCGUAAGAAGCAUUUCAAGGUCCUGGAGUGGCCUAGCCAGUCUCCAGAUCUCAACCCCAUAGAAAAUCUUUGGAGGGAGUUGAAAGUCCGUGUUGCCCAGCGACAGCCCCAAAACAUCACUGCUCUAGAGGAGAUCUGCAUGGAGGAAUGGGCCAAAAUACCAGCAACAGUGUGUGAAAACCUUGUGAAGAGUUACAGAAAACGUUUGACCUGUGUCAUUGCCAACAAAGGGUAUAUAACAAAGUAUUGAGAAACUUUUGUUAUUGACCAAAUACUUAUUUUCCACCAUAAUUUGCAAAUAAAUUCAUAAAAAAUCCUACAAUGUGAUUUUCAGGAAAAAAAAUUCUCAUUUUGUCUGUCAUAGUUGACGUGUACCUAUGAUGAAAAUUACAGGCCUCUCUCAUCUUUUUAAGUGGGAGAACUUGCACAAUUGGUGGCUGACUAAAUACUUUUUUUCCCCACUGUAAUUCUUAUUAUAAAUAACGUUCACACCCUUGAGAAUAUGGCCCCUCACUGGUUGAGUUCAAAAGUCAUCUCUCCAGUCAGCCACACACUGGUGACUCAUGCAAAUACUCUCAUUCCAGGUGACUACCUCAUGAGUGUGCAAAGCUGUCAUCAAGGCAAAGGGUUGCUACUUUGAAGAAUCUCAAAUAUAAAAUAUAUUUUGAUUUGUUUAACACUUUUUUGGUUACUACAUGAGACCAUAUGUGUUAUAUAAUAUUGUUGAUGUCUUCACUAUUAUUCUACAAUGUAGAAAAAAGUACAAAUAAUGAAAAACCCUUGAAUGAUUAGGUGUGUCAAAAUUUUGGACUGGUACUGUAUAUGGAAAGAUCUAGGCAAUGGGGAUUGUCUAAUUGUUAUGAUUUUUUACAAUAUUGCGGACAUGCGGAGAUGCAGAGAAUGAAGUUGGGUUACUUCAAAAUAACUCUGUGUUACUCCUAAGUCAUCAUCUUCCACAUUGUGACCUUCCAUUAAAGAGCUUUGCUUUGGUGUGGAUGAGGCCUAUACAUUCAUAUCAGUUGUGUUCCUCCAUUAGUCUUUCUGUUCACCAAUGGAGAGUGUUCAAAACAAUGAGCAAACCAGCCUUUGUAUUGAAUACAUGGAAUUGGAUUGUGAUGAUAGUGAUGAAUGAAUCCUGCACACAAUCUGAUAAUUUUUUUGCAUAUUUUUUAUCAGAAAUAAUAUUUGAUUUGUAUGAAUUGUUUGGUGAAAUAUGUAUAAAAGGAGAGUAGUUUUCCCAUAAUUCUGCACAUUUGGGUAGUUGUACUUCCAAUUUUGAUCAUCAUGAUUUAGUGAAUGCAAAGAAAUGUGUUGAUCUCCUUGGGAUUUUUAAAAGACAGACUAACUUUCUGUUUUGUCUGCUUGGACUCAAGAGAUAAGUAUGGUUGGGUUCGUCUUUUUGCAGGCAGUAGUGUUCUUUUGAUGAAUGUAUUUGCAAUUUUGACACUAUAAUAUAGUUUUGAUAAAUGUAUUUGCAAUUUUGAUGGUAUAAUAUAGUUUUGAUGAAUUUAUUUGCAAUUUUGACGGUAUAAUAUAGUUUUGAUGAAUGUAGUUAUGUUUGUAUAAGCAUACACACAGAACAGUAGAUGGGUUAGACCGCCCAUGUAUGUGUGUGUUAGAAUAGAAUGCUGGUUUCCUGUGCUAUAGGUUCAGACUGUCAGCAACUGAAACCUGACAUACUGUACCACCGCUGUGUUACACUGCUGUAAGAAACUCUUAAAAAGACACUAUCAGACAGAGAUACAGACAGACAGACAAACUGACAGACUGACAUGCAGAAGCUCCACUCACAGUUCCCUGCGAAAGGUAUGAAGGAUAGUUUAGACAUCUCUCAGCCAAUUUUUAUAUCUCUUUACUUCUGUUGAUACUUUCCAUGAGUUAUUACUUAGUAUGUUGGCUUGGUCGUGCUUGGUGAGUAUCCUUGGAUGACGUUGUAACGUUUACUUUGGACUUCAUACUGGUUUUGGCUGGGGAGAAAUGGUGCAGUAGCUAAGGGCUGUGUGAGUAAAUGUUUGUAUGGGGAGGCGGACAGACAGACAGAAACCUACACUAGGCUACAAUUAGAGAGUGGGACCCAGCUGUGACAUAAGGAGUGUUUAGGAGAGUAGUAGGUUAGUGGGUGCCUAACUUUCUCUCUCUCAUCUCUCACCGUCUCUGUCCUUGUGCUGUGUGUAUAGACCGCCUGAGAAAGCUAGACUGAAAAGGGGACUUUUACUUUUAUAACGAGAUUAAAACAAAUCAGAUCUGCAAAAGGAGGGUGAGGAAUUUGGUAAACACUUUAAUGAGGUUUAUGUGGAAGGUGUGUGUGCAUAGUUUUAUGGGAGUUUGUUUUAGUGUAUGACUCAAGAAGGUAUGCUUUCUUUAUUUGUGGCUCACUGCUGUAAUCCUUGCUAUAUUUCAGGGGUGGGCGACGCCCCCCUUUUGUAGGCCCGCAAAAAAAUAUAUACACUACCGUUCAAAAGUUUGGGGUCACUUCGAAAUGUCCUUGUUUUUUGAAAGAAAAGCAAUUUUUUUGUCCAUUAAAAUAACAUCAAAUUGAUCAGAAAUACAGUGUAGACAUUGUUAAUGUUGUAAAUGGCUAUUGUAGCUGGAAACAGUUGAUUUUUAAUUGAAUAUCUACAUAGGCGUACAGAGGCCCAUUAUCAGCAACCAUCAGUCCUGUGUUCCAAUGGCACGUUGUGUUUGCUAAUCCAAGUUUAUCAUUUUAAAAGGCUAAUUGAUCAUUAGAAAACCCUUGUGCAAUUAUGUUAGCACAGCUGAAAACUGUUGUGCUGAUUAAAGAAGCAAUACAAUUGGCCUUCUUGAGACUAGUUGAGUAUCUGGAGCAUCAGCAAUUGUGGGUUUGAUUACAGGCUCAAAAUGGCCAGAAACAAAUAACUUUCUUCUGAAACUCGUCAGUCUAUUCUUGUUCUGAGAAAUGUGUGAAGAGGCGACUCCGGGAUGCUGACCUUCUAGGCAGAGUUGCAAAGAAAAAGCCAUAUCUCAGACUGCCCAUCUUAAUCUUUUAUUUUUAUUGGCCAAUCUGAGAUAUGGCUUUUUCUUUGCAACUUUGCCUAGAAGGUCAGCAUCCCGGAGUCACCUCGUCACUGUUGACGUUGAGACUGGUGUUUUGCGGUUACUAUUUAAUGAAGCUGCCAGUUGAGGACCUGUGAGGCACCUGUUUCUCAAACUAGACACUAAUGUAUUUGUCCUCUUGCUCAGUUGUGCACCGGGGCCUCCCACUCCUCCUAUUCUGGUUAGAGCCAGUUUGCGCUGUACUGUGAAGAGGGUAGGACACAGCGUUGUACGAGAUCUUCAGUUUCUUGGCAAUUUCUCGCAUGGAAUAGCCUUCAUUUCUCAGAACAAGAAUAGACUGACGAGUUUCAGAAGAAAGUUAUUUAUUUCUGGCCAUUUUGAGCCUGUAAUCGAACCCACACUUGCUGAUGCUCCAGAUACUCAACUAGUCUCAAGAAGGCCAGUUUUAUUGCUUCUUUAAUCAGCACAACAGUUUUCAGCUGUGCUAACAUAAUUGCAAAAGGGUUUUCUAAUGAUCAAUUAGCCUUUUAAAAUGAUAAACUUGGAUUAGCAAACACAACGUGCCAUUGGAACACAGGACUGAUGGUUGCUGAUAAUGGGCCUCUGUACACCUAUGUAGAUAUUCCAUAAAAAAUCAGUAGUUUCCAGCUACAAUAGCCAUUUACAACAUUAACAAUGUCUACACUGUAUUUUUGAUCAAGUUGAUGUUAUUUUAAUGGACACAUGUUUUUAUUUUAUUUUGAAAACAAGGGCAUUUCUAAGUGACCCCAAACUUUUGAACGGUAGUGUAUAUAUAGUCAGUCGGGGUCUCAACCACAGGAGGCUGGUGGCACCUUAAUUGGGGAGAACAGGCUCGUGGUAAUGGCUGGAGGGGAAAGAGUGGAAUGGUAUCAAAUACAUCAAACACAUGGUUUCCAUGUGUUUGAUGCCAUGCCAUUUGCGCCGUUCCGGCCAUCAUUAUAAGCCGUCCUCCCCUCAGCAGCCUCCACCGUUCUCAAUUUACUGUUGAGAGUUAGAAUAGUAGAAUACACAAGGUGCAAUUUUGCAUGUGUGGGUAUGGAUGUGGGUACACAGACCCGCUAGUCACUGCGCCCCCUCAUAAUGAGUAAAACAUUUUGUGGCCCCCACCCCGAUCAAAGUUGCCCAUCCCUAAUAUAUUUGAUUAGAAUCAAGAUCUGACCACUUUAAUCCUGAUCAAAUUGGAUUGGACCCUGGUUCAAAUCUAUAUUACACGUCCCUCCAUGUAGUCUAGUUAUUAAGGCAGAGAGUGGUAUGUCAGUAAAGGGGUUUCUGAAGUUGAUUAGUUCUUAUUAUAAAGGGCUUUGGGCUGCUUUAUGUUCAUCAACCCUCUCUCAUCUCAUUCUAAUUCAGCACAUUCUAUUACAUUUUAUUGAAUUACACAUCCUUUCAGAGCCAAUUCACCCUUGGUUCCCACCGCGAGGAUAGUGCUAAGGUGAAGUGUGUGGCGUGUGUGUGACGUGUGCCUUUGUGCUUGUGUGUGUUUGCACGUGUGUGUUGGUGUGCUAUGUACUGUCUCUGUGCGUUGUCCCUCUGGUUGUUCUGAGAGAGAGAAAGGGGAGGGAGGGAGGGAGGAGUCUUCCCAUUGGUGAGUCUCUCCGCUGAGCUGAGUCACUUAGCUCUGAGCUGCAGUACCUGUCUGCCUACCUGGGAAGAUCGUAUGUUACUUUCCCUACUACUCAUGCUUGAGCUGCCUUGUCAGUCCUGUAAGGAUUUCCUACUACUCUGUAGAAGAGGCUUUGGGUGAGUUUAUUCUCUAUUUAUGUCACUGCUUCAGCUCUUCCCCUCCUCUCUCUCACAUUUUUCUCUGUUUUCUUAGAUGAAUGUGCUAUUGUGGUUGAUAUACAGUUUGGUUGGGUCUGUUUUUAGAUGAAUGUGGUAUUGUGGUUGAUAUACAGUUUGGUUGGGUCUGUUUUUAGAUGAAUGUGGUAUUGUGGUUGAUAUACAGUUUGGUUGGGUCUGUUGUUAGAUGAAUGUGGUAUUGUGGUUGAUAUACAGUUUGGUUGGGUCUGUUUUUAGAUGCAGGUGUAGAGAAUAGGACAAUAUAUCAUGAAUACUGGUAUCUCGGUAUGGAUCCACAAACCACUCACAAUUUAUUUGUUGCCAUUCUGGGUCAUGCACUAAUAAUAAAACAUAUUUAAAACUUUAUUCUGAAACCUAAAAUACAAUAUAAAACCGCCUUAUAAUUAUUAUCUUUUACGUAUAGGAUUAUAUAUUUUGACCAUAUCGCUCAGCCCUAGUAACCUAGCAGAGACUAGACCACUCCAACAACAAGAGAUGUUCUAACCUGCUCCUAUGUUCCCACAGACUCUCUCUAACUCUGUACUGCACAGCAUGGUCAUUCAUUUGUGUAGCACUCACAUUUGCCUUUUUCACUGAGACACCACCCACUGGGCACAGACGUCAGUUCAAAGUCUAUUUUCUAUUUACAUUUGGUUGAGUUGUCAACUAACGUGAAUUCAACAUGAAAUCAACAACAAAUGUCACCAUGACAUUGGAUUUAGGUUAAAAGUUGGGUGAAAAAAAUACGAAAUCCCCUUAUGUUGAUGACUUUUUGCAAAUCUAAUCAGUUUUCCACAUUGAUUAAAACGUCAUAAUGUUGAAUUUUUUUGUUGAAAUGACAUGAAAACAACGUUGAUUCAAAAAAAAAAUGCCCAGUGGGAAAUAUAAUCAACUUUUCACAGGGGGUUCAGAUGUGGUUGAUAUACAUUGUGUUGAUUCUGUUGCUCUAUUGAAGAGUUAGCAACAUGUAUUUGUCAUGUUGUUUUGAGGUUUCCUGGAGUUGGACUAUUCCCACAGCUGUUGGCAUUUGCACUGAAAGUAUCAGAUAAUGAUAGCAAGUAAUUCUAUGGUCACUGUAUUUCAUAAUUGCAGGUCCAAGGACCAGUUUUGAAUUGUGGAUAUAUUUACUCAUAUGUUGUGGAUGUAUUCACUUUCACAUCUACAUUCCUUCCCUUUUUCUUGUAUGACAUCAUACAUCCCUGCUCCUAACUGGAAAUCACCAUGAGAAAUCCCCAUACCACCCAUUUUGAAUCCCAGGCAGAGUUUAUUAUACAUUGUUAGAUAUUCUGUGUGAUGAGAGUGGGGUGCCCCCUUGGGGCACAGUGCUCUGGUCUAUUCUGGUUGAAAGUUAAAGCUGUAAUUUAGAUCAUGGUUUGAAGAUAUAGUCUGAAGCUCAGUCUCAGAGUUGUUCUCAGACACUCCCCUCUCAGUCUCAGGGUGCCAGGUAGAUGGCUGUGUGGAGACAGACAGGUGUGCCUAUUGUUUUUACUCACAGUUCUUGCUUGAGAAUCGGGACACAUGUUGCCUCAGGAUUAGUGAGAGAGAGAGAGACAGACAGAGAGACAGAGAGAUAGACAGAGACAGAGAGACAGACAGACAGAGAGGCAGACAGACAGACAGACAGACGGACAGAGAAAGGCAGGUCAGGUACUCCGUGUGAUGUGAUGUAAUAACCCUUCAGGAGCUGUGAAGGCAGUACUUGUCACACAGACUUACCCCAGGCUGAAUGCCUUUAAUGAAUAGUUGAGGAACAUGUUCUUCUAGACUACAGGGCAAUUCCACAGUAACAGAGUGACACUGAGACUCAGAGUUUUCACUUUAAAAUGGAUGUCAAACAAAAACCAAUGAUUGCAAAGUUAAACAAACCAUACAACUCAAUGCACAAUGACUACUUCGAACAAUUUCCACUGAAAAUUGUACAAUUUACACGGUAACAGAGUGACACAGUUUGGUAACAGAAUGACGACACCAACAGCACAAACCGUCAUUCUGUUACCAAACUUUGCAUUUGCACUGUUCUUCAAGUAAAUGUGUUUUUGUAAAAUCUCUGUGUCACCGUGGAAUUGCCCUAGAGCAACAAAUGGUAAAGACUGAGGCAUUCAUUACCUUACAUACAGUAUAUCUACUUAACUAUGGUAUGUAUGCAUAUCUAUUGAACUAUGUUUUAUGUUCUAAGGAAAGAAAUUACUGGAAAGAAAAAGUAUCAUGUCACUUAGAAGUAGAUACUGUUAUUACACAAAUUGGAUACAGCUUUUUCAAGCAUCCACUUAAAAACAAGAUACUGUAUAUUCCAAGGCAUCGUGGUUUGUCUCUCCUGUUAUUUUCCCUUACUCCAUGUGAGGUAAUGGGUGUGGAUGCGCUGCUCUUCUCUCUGAUUACGGAGAGAAGUGGUUUUGUUAGACUGAUACAUUCCUUCAUCCUUCUCUCUGAGCCUGGUGGUAUUGGUAAACAUGCAUUCUUGUGUGUCUUGGUGCAUUCAAGACAACUCGGAACUCUGAAAUCUCCAACCCACGACUUCAGUGUUUUCAAGAGAACUGGGCUUAGACGGCGAUAAAUCGUUUUGAACGGUCAUCCAACUCUGGAAUUACAAGUCGAAACUGACAGGGAGGACAGGGAGGGGUCUUCUAAAAGGAAACAAUAUCUUUAGUAGCACCAGCAGUACACUGGGGGAUUUAACACACAAACCCUGAUCUGAGUUAAACUGAUUUUUUUCCUAAACAGAUCUUCAACACUUAUCCUCCUCUUCUCUCUCGGGAUGUCAUGAAAGAUCAAGAGGACAGAGUAUUUGGUCUAUUUUCAGUUCUCUGCCUUGCAAUAAAGUGAUAGAGUUCAAUACUGGGAGAAUGUUUUAUUUAUAUGCUAUUAUUUUGAUAAAUGCUAGAUAAAUGUCUGCUCAUAUUCAUUGGAUAAUUCUUGAGGAUUUACUUAUGAUUGUCUUGACUGGCUGAGAAACAAAUGCCAUGAUUUCCACCACAGUCGGUCUAAAACUAUUUUGAAACAAGUGAAUGCCCUCAGGCUUGUUCUCCCUGCCUGCUCAAUAGUAAAAUAUGAUGUAGUCUUGGAAAGGUUCAGGCCAGUUGCCAUGGUAGCAGGUCUCCUACAGUGUAAAUCAAGGACAGAACCUCAGGUGGGAUUGUGUUCACCUGAGCUCUGCAUUCACUAUUGACAAUUGGAUUUAGCUGUGGAUUCUCAAUAUUUGCUCACUUUCCAGUUUCCACAGAAUCCUGUUAGGCCCUAUACCCCAGGCUCAGAAACUCACCUUGCAAACAUGCAAUUAGGAUAACUGAUGUAGGCUAAUACAGUUUACAUUCUGCAUCAGAAGACUGACAUUAAUAUUAAAGAGAAGAGGAACAGAGUUGAUUCAAUUUACUGUAGUCAUAGUGUGAUAUAGAAAUGGCAAAAACAUUGACAUUAUCUAGUGUUGUUUGGUACUGUUGUGGUCACUAAGUGUCGCCCUUCUCAGAUAGAACACGACCACUCAGACCUGAGGCUGUUUGAAUGGGCCCAUCUCCCACGAGGCUGUCACACAGAAGCCAUGUUUACAUCAGCCACAGCAACAGAGAAGAACUAACCCCCCUCCUCCCCGGUGGAGCUCAAAGAGGAAGAGAAUGAAAGGCCCAAAUGUGUCUCUGAAAUAACCCAGAAAGGGGCUCUUUGUGCUCCCUAACAACUUAAUGUCCACAUGCUUUGAUUUAGCAUGGCGCUGGCUGCUAAUUUGCAUGGGGGUCUGUGGUGGGCCACUUUUAACGAGAGGAGGCCAGUGUGUGUGUGUGUGUGUGUGUGUGUGUGUGUGUGUGUGUGUGUGUGUGUGUGUGUGUGUGUGUGUGUGUGUGUGUGUGUUUCCACCUCCGUAAUGUUUAAAGAUGGAAUCUGCAGUAGGGGGAAACAGCGCCACUGGCCACCCCACCACCGUUGUUAUUGUUUUUGUUGCCGAGCUGAGGAGCGUCGCUCAGCAUGGUAAAAAAAUGGCUGUACAUAUUGUGCUUUUCUGUUGCGUGUGGCUGUUUCACAAUUAAGGAUUCCAGUUUUUAAUUAGGAAAUCUACAGUUCAAACAAUAAAUAAAGUUGUCACCUAGCCACUGUUUGGGUAAACAGCUGAGGGUUGGGCCUGGAAAAAUGUAACCACUCUCAAAUUCAUAGACAGAGCUAUGGAUGCAAGAACUGCCCAUCCAUGAUAACAAAAUUCUAGUUUUAACCAUGUUUGAAGGCCAUACAGUGUUUAUUUACAAUUACAUUGUUUAUAAACAAUGGAGUAAAACAAACAUAUAUUUUGGGUUCUGAUGAGGUACGACAGUUGAACUAAGCUCAUGAGGCAUUUAUGAAUCAUAUUAUUUAAGAAUCAGUGGGUAUACAGUGGCUUGCGAAAGUAUUCACCACCCUUGGCAUUUUUCCCAUUUUGUUGCCUUACAACCUGGAAUUAAAAUUGAUUUUUGGGGGGGUUGUAUCAUUUGAUUUACACAACAUGCCUACCACUUUGAAGAUGCAAAAUAUUUUUUCUUGUGAAACAAACAAGAAAUAAGACAAAAAAACAGAAAACUUGAGCGUGCAUAACUAUUCACCCCCCCAAAGUCAAUACUUUGUAGCGCCACCUUUUGCAGCUAUUACAGCUGCAAGUAUCUUGGGGUAUGUCUCUAUAAGCUUGGCACAUCUAGCCACUGGGAUUUUUGGCCAUUCUUCAAGGCAAAACUGCUCCAGCUCCUUCAAGUUGGAUGGGUUCCGCUGGUGUACAGCAAUCUUUAAGUCAUACCACAGAUUCUCAAUUGGAUUGAGGUCUGGGCUUUGUCUAGGCCAUUCCAAUACAUUGAAAUGUUUCCCCUUAAACCAUUCGAGUGUUGCUUUAGCAGUAUGCUUAGGGUCAUUGUCCUGCUAGAAGGUGAACCUCCGUCCCAGUCUGAAAUCUCUGGAAGACUGAAACAGGUUUCCCUCAAGAAUUUCCCUGUAUUUAGCGCCAUCCAUCAUUCCUUCAAUUCUGACCAGUUUCCCAGUCCCUGCCGAUGAAAAACAUCCCCACAGCAUGAUGCUGCCACCACCAUGCUUCACUGUGUGGAUGGUGUUCUCGGGGUGAUGAGAGGUGUUGGGUUUGCGCCAGACAUAGCGUUUUCCUUGAUGGCCAAAAAGCUCAGUUAGUCUCAUCUGACCAGAGUACCUUCUUCCAUAUGUUUGGGGAGUCUCCCACAUGCCUUUUGGCGAACACAAACCGUGUUUGAUUCUUUUUUUCUUUAAGCAAUGGCUUUUUUCUGGCCACUCUUCCAUAAAGCCCAGCUCUGUGGAGUGUAUGGCUUAAAGUGGUCAUAUGGACAGAUACUCCAAUCUCCACUGUGGAGCUUUGCAGCUCCUUCAGGGUUAUUUUUAUUUUAUUUUUUAUUUCACCUUUAUUUAACCAGGUAAGCCAGUUGAGAACAAGUUCUCAUUUACAUAAAAACAACAACACAGAGUUAAAUAUGGGGUAAACAAAACAUAAAGUCAAAAAUACAACAGAAAAUAUAUAUACAGUGUGUGCGAAUGUAGUAAGUUAUGGAGGUAAGGCAAUAAAUAGGCAAUAGUGCAAAAUAGUUAAAAUUUGGAAUGAUUUGGAACAAUAGUGCAAAAGAUUAUGUGCAAAUAGAGAUACUGGGGUGCAAAUUUGCAAAAUAAAUAACAAUAUGGGGAUGAGGUAGUUGGGUGGGCUAAUUUCAGAAAGGCUGUGUACAGGUGCAGUGAUCGGUAAGCUGCUCUGACAACUGAUGCUUAAAGUUAGUGAGGGAGAUAAGAGUCUCCAGCUUCAGAGAUUUUUGCAGUUCGUUCCAGUCAUUGGCAGCAGAAAACUGGAAGAAAUGGCGGCCAAAGGAGGUGUUGGCUUUGGGGAUGACCAGUGAGAAAUACCUGCUGGAGCGCAGACUACGGGUGGGUGUUGCUAUGGUGACCAGUGAGCUAAGAUAAGACUGGGAUUUGCCUAGCAGUGAUUUAUAGAUGACCUGGAGCCAGUGGGUUUGGCGACGAAUAUGUAGUGAGGGCCAGCCAACAAGAGCGUACAGGUCACAAUGGUGGGUAUUAUAUGGGGCUUUGGUGACAAAACGGAUGGCACUGUGAUAGACUACAUCCAAUUUGCUGAGUAGAGUGUUGGAGGCUAUUUUGUAAAUGACAUCGCCGAAGUCAAGGAUCGGUAGGAUAGUCAGUUUUACGAGGGCAUGUUUGGCAGCAUGAGUGAAGGAGGCUUUGUUGCGAAAUAGGAAGCCGAUUCUAGAUCUAACUUUUGAUUGGAGAUGCUUAAUGUGAGUCUGGAAGGAGAGUUUACAGUCUAACCAGACACCUAGGUAUUUGUAGUUAUCCACAUACUCUAGGUCAGACCCGCCGAGAGUAGUGAUUAUAGUUGGGUGGGUGGGUGCAAGCAGCGUUCGGUUGAAGAGCAUGCAUUUAGUUUUACUAGUGUUUAAGAGCAGUUGGAGGCUACGGAAGGAGUGUUGUAUGGCGUUGAAGCUCGUUUGGAGUUUGUUAUCUUUGGUCUCUUUGUUGCCUCUCUGAUUAAUGCCCUCCUUGCCUUGUCUGUGAGUUUUGGUGGGCGGCCCUCUCUUGGCAGGUUUGUUGUGGUGCCAUAUUAUUUCCAUUUUUUAAUAAUGGAUUUAAUGGUGCUCCGUGGGAUGUUCAAAGUUUAGGAUAUUUUUUUUAUAACCCAACCCUGAUCUGUACUUCUCCACAACUUUGUCCCUGACCUGUUUGGAGAGCUCCUUGGUCUUCAUGGUGCCGCUUGCUUGGUGGUGCCCCUUGCUUAGUGGUGUUGCAGACUCUGGGGCCUUUCAGAACAGGUGUAUAUAUACUGAGAUCAUGUGACACUUAGAUUGCACACAGGUGGACUUUAUUUAACUAAUUAUGUGACUUCUGAAUGUAAUUGGUUGCACCAGAUCUUAUUUAGGGGCUUCAUAGCAAAGGGGGGGAAUACAUAUGCACGCAGCAGUUUUCCGUUAUUAAUUUUUUAGCAUUUUUUCAAACAAGUUCUUUUUUUCAUUUCACUUCACCAAUUUGGACUAUUUUGUGUAUGUCCAUUACAUGAAAUCCAAAUAUAAAUCCAUUUAAAUUACAGGUUGUUAUGCAACAAAAUAGGAAAAACGCCAAGGGGGAUGAAUACUUUUGCAAGGCACUGUAUAUCAUUGAUUUAAAAGUUUAAAAGAAAUGGAUGUACCUAUCGCAGAUUGUCCCUUUUAAGACAACAGAAAGAGGUAGGGCCAGAGGUCCAUACACUCCACAGGUGUUUACAUCAGUGACAAACAGUACACCUAGAACCACACACUGGCUGCUCUGUUGUGGAGAGGGUCUGCAUUUCACUGUGAGUGAAAAGAUGUAGGUGAUUUACAUCAGAAUGACAGGGUGUUUGGCAUGUUAAUAACAACCUCUGGAGAUUUACUAUAGAGGGUGUCACUGACUCUUUCUACAAUCACUAACAUACAUGUUCCGCUAGGCGACUUGAUUUGGAUGUGGAGACUUGAUUUUAACCGAAAUUGGUUAUAUGGACCAGAACAUGUUCUAAAUUUACCCUUUAAAGUGAUUGCAGAUGAUGUCAAGCAUUUAAUCAGCCGAGUUCUUGAGGCCAGCUCUAAAAGUAUCCCACCCCCAGCAGAUCGUGGGACUUUCCUAGUCAGUCACUACUAGACCAUUUCUUGUAAAAGCCGUGUUGUCUGUAAUUGAAGCGGAGCUGUAAAAAUAGCUAGAGUGUACAAAACAUUCAGAACACCUGCUCUUUCCAUGACAUAGACUGACCAGGUGAAUCCAGGUGAAUGGUAUGAUCCCUUAUUGAUGUCACUUGUUAAAUCCACUUCAAUCAGUGUAGAUGAAGGGGAGGACACAGGUUAAAGAAGGAUUUUUAAGCCUUGAGACGAUUAAGACAUGGAUUGUGUAUGUGUGCCAUUCAGAGGGUGAAUGGGCAAGAAAAAGGAUUUAAGUGCCUUUGAACGGGGUAUGGUAGUAGGUGCCAGGCGCACUGGUUUGUGUGAAGAACUGCAAUGCUGCUGGGUUUUUCAACCUCAAAAGUUUUCGUGUGUAUCAAGAAUGUUCCACCACCCAAAGGACAUCCAGCCAACUUGACACAACUGUGGGAAGCAUUGGAGUCAACAUGGGCCAGCAUCCUUGUGGAACACUUUCGACACCUUUUAGAGUCCAUGCCCCGACGAAUUGAGGCUGUUCUGAGGGCAAAAGGGGGGUGGGGGGGUGCAACUCAAUAUUAGGAAGGUGUUCUUAAUGUUUUAUAUACUCAGUGUACAGCACCAUGUAUACACUCUUGGAAAAAAGGUUGCUAUCUAGAGCCUAAAAGGGUUCUUUGACUGUCCCCAUAGGUGAACCUUUUGAAGAACCCUUUUUGGUUCCAGGUAGAACCCUUUUGGUUCCAGGUAGAAAGAACCCUUUUGAGUUCCAUGUAGAACCCUUUCCACAGAGGGUUCUACAUGGAACCCAAAACAGUUCUACCUGGAACCAAAAACAGUUCUACCUGGAACCAAAAGGGGUUCUCCUAUGGAAACCUUUUUUCUAAGAGUGUAGAAUGCCACUGGAGUUCCUUCCUUGUUAUGAUGAGUGAAUCAUACUUUUUUAUAGCGGUAUUGUGAGUUGAAGGUAUGCUAUAAAAAGUAUGAUACUUUUAGAGCAAAGAGAAACAGUGAUCUAUUUUUAAGAUUGAAGAGAUUGAGUUUAUUAAGGUAUUUAGGUCACAUUUCAAUUAUUCAUACCACUGGGAUGGGCCUUUACUUCAUUCAGUGAACUCUUCUCUGUAGACUUACUGAGCAUGGAGCGAAUAAGCAAAUUAGUUUGUUUCAUCACAUGCAGUAAUGCAGGCUCUGCAGCGCUAGUGAAUGAACAGCCUCUCAGAAACAAUGGACAAUGUUACACAUUGAUUAUACUGUAUAGAUGCUGAGUGAAGGUUUGUGUGGGUGUUCACUCAACCAACAACCGAGUUAAGUCAUGUAUUUAUGCUGAACAAAAUAUAAACGCAACAUGCAACAAUUUCAAAUAUUUUACUGAGUUACAGUUCAUAAAAGGAAAUCAGUCAAUUGAAAUAUAUUCAUUAGGCCCUAGUCUAUGGAUUUCACAUGACUAGGAAUAAAGAUAUGCAUCUGUUGGUCACAGAUACCUUUAAAAAAAAGUAGGGGUGUGGAUCAGAAAACCAGUCAGUAUCUGGUGGGCUAACCAUUUGCCUCAUGCAGCGCGACAUCUCCUUCGCAUAGAGUUGAUCAGGCUGUUGAUUGUGGCCUGUGGAAUGUUGUCCCACUCCUCUUCAAUGGCUGUGCGAAGUUGCUGGAUAUUGGCGGAAACUGGAACACGCUGUCGUACACGUCGAUCCAGAGCAUCCCAAACAUGCUCAAUGGGUGACAUAUCUGGUGAGGAAGCAGGCCAUGGAAGAACUGGGACAUUUUCAGCUUCCAGAAAUUGCAUACAGAUCCUUGCAACAUGGGGCCGUGUAUUAUCAGGCUGAAACAUGAGGUGAUGGCGGCGGAUGAAUGGCACGAUAAUGGUCCUCAGCAUCUCGUCACGGUAUCUCUGUAUGACGCCGAACUGCAGUCAGGUCAAGACCCUGGUGAGGACGACGAGCAUACAGGUGAGCUUCCCUGAGACAGUUUCUGACAGUUUGUGCAGAAAUUAUUUGGUUGUGCAAACCCACAGUUUCAUCAGCUAUCUGGGUGGCUGGUCUCAGACGAUCCCGCAGGUGAAGAAGCCGGAUGUGGAGGUCCUGGGCUGGCGAGGUUACACGUGGUCUGUGGUUUUGAGGCCGUAUGGACGUACUGCCAAAUUCUUUAAAACGACGUUGGAGGCAGCUUAUGGUAGCAACAGCUCUGGUGGACAUUCCUGCAGUCAGCAUGCAAAUUGCAAGCUCCCUCAAAACUUGAGACAUCUGUGGCAUUGUGUUGUGUGACAAAACUGCACAUUUUAGAGUGGCCUUUUAUUGUCCCCAGCACAAGGAAUACAAUCAUUGCAAGCAAGGGGCAGUGGGAGAUAUUCUGUGAGGGUUAGAUGGAGCAACACUUACUCUGCUCAUACGCACUGUGGCCAAAUGAGUGUUGUUGAGUGUAAGGAAUCUCACCGUUCCUCUUCGCUCUUUCUUGCUCUCCUUCUCUCUCCCUCUCUCUCUCCUCUCUCUCUCUCUGUUCCAGCUCUAAGCAGCAGCCCCAGUGAACGCGGCAGUGGCCCCCGCAGUGCGAGAGUCAGUCGGACAGGUCUGUGUGGGAAGAGUCCCAGUGAGAAGAGCAGGAGGGGUGUCAAUGGAAGAGGCUUGGCCAGCAGGCCCUUACUGCAGCCCAAACCACAAGGUACUGAUAAUAAUGCUUUUUAAUAUACCAUUUAGCAGACAUUUCUAUCCAAAGCGAUUUACAAUACAGUGAGUUCAUACACUUUAGAAUAUGUGACCCCAGUGGGAAUCGAACCCAUGACCCUGGUGUUGUUAGUACCAACCAGGGUUGGGGUCAAUUCCACAAAUUCAAUUAUAAUUAAAUUCUCUCUCCCUGUAAAUUCCAUUUAAUUCAAUUCAAAUUCCAGUAUCUUUAAUCUGAGUCUAGAGGAAGGUGUUUGUCCUCAGGCCUGGAGGGAAAGUGGUAAAGAGGCUCUUAGCAAACUGUUGGAAAAAAUGUGUUUGACCAAAUACAAUGCUAUUUCUCUGUAAACAAAUUGACAACUUUCAGCAUGCUUAUAGAGAAGGGCACUCAAAGUGUACUGCACUGACACAAAUUACUGAUGAUUGGUUGAAAGAAAUGAAUUAAUAAUAAUAAGAUUGUGGGAGCUGUACUAUUAGAUUUCAGUGCAGUCUUUGAUAUUAUUGACCAUAACCUGUCAUUCAAUUGUUGUAAAGAUGGGGAGAGGUCUGUCCAUGCUUUUUUGACACCACACUCCAAAAGCAAGGCCUGCAGGCUCUAGUUCUGUCUUAUCUUGAUUAUUGUCCAGCCAUGUGGUCAAGUGCUGCAAAGAAAGACCUAGUUAAGCUGCAGCUGGCCCAGAACAGAGCGGCACGUCUUGCUCUUCAUUGUAAUCAGAGGGCUAAUAUAAAUACUAUGCAUGCCAGUCUCUCUAGGCUAAGAGUUGAGGAGAGACUGACUGCAUCACUUCUUAUUUUUAUAAGAUACAUUAAAGUGUUGGAAAUUCCAAAUUGUUUGCAUAGUCAACUUACGCACAGCUCUGACACACACACUUACCCCACCAGACAUGCCACCGGGGGUCUUUUCACAGUCCCCAAAUCAAGAACAAAAUUAAGAAAGCGUACAGUAUUAUAUAGUGCCAUUAUUGCAUGGAACUCCCUUCCAUCUCAUAUUGCUCAAAUGCAAACCUGGUUUCAAAAAACAGAUAAAGCAACACCUCACGGCACAACGCCUCUCCCCUAUUUGACCUAGAUAUUUUAUGUGUAUGUAUUGAUAUGUAGGCUGUGUGACGUUUUUAAAUGUGUAUAGUUCUGUCCUUGUGAUGUUCUUGUCUAUUAACGUUCUGUAUUAUGUAAUGUUUCAUGUUUUGUGUGGACCCCAGGAAGAGUAGCUUCUGCUUUCGCAACAGCUAAUGGGGAUCCUAAUGAAAUACCAAAUACCAAAAUUAUCCCCAACAGUUCCACAAAAUCCAAUUUGAAUUCAAUACCCUCAGGCUUUUAGGCUGAUCAUGUCACUGUUUAGACAGUCUAGCUAUACUGGAAAUAUAGGAAUACAGGUUGAAAUUAUUAAAAACAUAUCAUACAGUCAAUUUUUUAUACUAUGUGCAUUCAUUCCAUUAACUGGGAAUUCCAAUUAAAUUCCAAUGCAAAAAGUCCAAACAGUCUAAUUCCAAUUCAAUUCCAAUUCCAUAACUUCAAGAUUGUUGAAUUUCAUUUUAAUUAAAUUCAAUGUAAAUUCUCCACUUCAUGAGUGAUUUCAAGAAUUGAAUUGGAAUUUCAAAUAAAAUUGGAAUUGACCCCAACCCUGGUGCCAGUCUUCCACCACGCUCUUACCAACUGAGCCACACAGGACAACAGAGCGCUGAGAGCAGUGCUGCUUAGACAUACUGACACUUGUUUACAUUUGGAUAAUUACUCACACGUGACUCGGAACAUACAUGACAAAGCAGCUCUCGCGACACGGAAGAGCGAGUUAUGUAACCAGACACACAGUGUGACACAGUGGGGAAACCUUGACUUUAGUGGUGUUGCAUUCCUCUUUUAUUUGAACACAGUAAAUCAUUCUCUAGCGAUAAGAAGGACAACUCUAACCCUCUUCCAGUGUUGGGGAAGCUACUCUGAAAAUAUACACUGAGUAUACCAAACAUUAGGAACACCUUCCUAAUGUUGAGUUGCACAGCCCCGCCCUGCCUUUUGCCCUAAGAACAGCCUCAGUUCGUCAGGGCAUGGACUCUACAAGGUGUCGAAAGUGUUCCACAGGGAUGCUGGCCCAUGUUGACUCCAUGCUUCCCACAGUUUUGUCAAGUUGGCUGGAUGUCCUUUGGGUGGUGGAACAUUGUUGAUACACACGGGAAACUGUUGAGGGUGAAAAACCCAGCAGCGUUGCAGUUCUUGACACAAACCGGUGUGCCUGGCACCUACUACCAUACCCCGUUCAAAGGCGCGUAAAUAUUUUGUCUUGCCUAUUCACCCUUUGAAUGGCACACAUACGCAAUCCAUGUCUCAAUUGUCUCAAGGCUUAAAAAGCCUUCUUUAACCUGUCUCCUCCCCUUCAUCUACACUGAUUGAAGUGGAUUUAACAAGUGACAUCAAUAAGGGAUCAUAGCAUUCACCUGGAUUCACCUGGUCAGUCUAUGUCAGGGGUGUCAAACGUCCGGCCCGCGGGCCGGAUCAGGCCCGCAAACGGGUUUAAUCCGGCCCGCGAGAUGAUUUACAAAAAAAAUAAAAAAUAAUUGCGUCCACUGGAUGGCGCAAUAGCAAUUGUGUUAAGCAAGCAAACUGUUUAUACCGGGGCAGAGCAAGUAGGUCAAGCACGUGCAGCCAAUGAGCUACUUUGUUUUGCCCGCGAUCUUUAUUACGGCUUCUACUUUUAACAUUAUGUGCUUUGGCACCCUCAUUGCCCCAAUAUGUCUCUGUCAAAAAAGAGAAAAGUGGACGCAGAGUGCAGAGUGUUCCAAGAAAAAUGGUCAUCCUAUUUAUUCACGGAAUUGAAUGGGAAAGCUGUAUGUUUGGUGUGUUCAGAGCAUGUUGCAGUGCUGAAAGAAUAUAACCUUCUUUGCCACUAUGUGAGUCUUCAUGCCGACAAAUAUGACAACUUUCAAGGACAGCGGAGAUGAGAGAAGGUGAAUUAACUGUUGGCGGGUCUGAAGAAACAGCAGUCUGUGUUUACUCACAGCCGAGACAUCAGUGACGCUGCAGUGAAAGCUAGCUACCUCAUUGCUAAUGAAAUCGCAGUGGCUUCAAAACCAUUUAGUGAGGGUGAAUUUGUAAAAACAUGCAUGAUGAAGGCAGCGGAGAUUGUGUGCCCUGAAAAGCGGCAGGCUUUUGCAAAUAUCAGCCUGACAAGAAACACAGUUGCAGACAGGAUUUCCGAUCUUUCAGUGGAUUUGGACAGCCAGUUGAAGCAAAAAGUAAAGUCAUUUAUUGCGUUUUCGGUUGCAAUUGAUGAAAGCACGGACAUUACAGAUGUUGCACAACUGGCCAUUUUCAUCCGCGGAGUUGAUGACACAUUGACCGUCACUGAGGAGUUCGUUGAGUUGGUGCCGAUGACAGAUACAACGACAGCAGCUGAUAUUUUUACCGCACUCGUCGGCACGCUGGACAGGGUCGGAGUGGACUGGUCCCGCGCUGUCAGCCUGGCUACAGAUGGUGCGCCCUCAAUGAUCGGGAAAAAAGCAGGCGUUGUGACAAGGUUCAGAGAGAAAGUGCAAUCUGCAAAUGGAGGACGUAAUUUUUUGACUUUUCACUGUAUUUUGCACCAGGAGGCUUUGUGUUGCAAGUCAUUAAAGAUGGAUAACGUCAUGAAGGUGGUCAUCCAAACUGUUAAUUUCAUCCGAUCCAGAAGCCUGAAUCACCGUCAGUUUGACAGCCUUCUCAGAGAGAAAGACCACAUCUAUGGCCUGCCAUACCACACUGAGGUAAGAUGGUUAAGCCGAGGUGCUGUGCUGAGGCGUUUCUUUGAUUUACGAGAAGAAAUUGAACAGUUCAUGGAAGAAAAGGGCAAACCAGUGUUAGAAUUUCAUUCCGCAGAAUGGAUGCAGGACCUUGCAUUUAUGGUGGAUGUUACAGAGCACCUGAAUAACUUGAACAAACAGCUGCAAGGGCGCAACAAAGUUGUCACGCAGUAUUAUGACAGCAUACGUUCUUUCAAGUUGAAGCUGUCAUUGUGGGAGACGCAACUUGCCGGUGGUGAUGCAGCUCACUUCCCCUGUCUGAAAAAUGUGUGCACGACCUAACAUGUGGCAGACAUGAAGCGGUUCAAAGAUAAAAUAACGGGACUGUUACGGGAGUUUGAGCAACGCUUUCAGAUUUAUGUUUAUAUGUUUUUAUGUUGAUGUGCUAUUGUUUUUAAUUUAUUUGUAUAUUUAACCUAUUCUUGACUCUGUGGUUCUUGCACUUGUUUGGGGAACAGGAUUUCAUUAUUUUUAUCUACAUUUCUGCCUGAGAAAUGACACCCUGAUAUAGUUCUGUGAUCUGUGAAACAGUUCUGUUAAUCACUGGGGCAUUGUGUGUUUGUGUGUUAUUUUUCUUUAGAAUUUUCAAAUAAACUUGACGUGUUUUAUGAUUAAUAGUGAUGUUGUGCUUGUACUAUUUUGGACACACUGUCCUCAGGCUCCAGCUUUAUGUUGUAUGUUGAUCGUAUUAAAACAAAGAAAACAAUCUGAAGUUGUUGUUUUUAAGUUAUAUAUACCAUGAUUUUUCCGGUCCGGCCCACUUGGGAAUAGAUUUUCCUCCAUGUGGCCCCUGAGCUAAAAUGAGUUUGACACCCCUGGUCUAUGUCAUGGAAAGAGCAGGUGUACUUAAUGUUUUGUACACUCAGUGUAGUUUACCAAGCUACCAAUUACUUCACACUGGAAGAGGUUUAGCUACAUUAAAGCUAACCUUAAAAAAAUAUAGUUUACUUAACUAAAGUUACUUUGAAAAAUUAUCAUAUGAGCCUAAAUCUGAAAUGUCAUAGACAACAAACAGAUCACUUUGGGGAAAUAUUUUAACAGCAUGUGUAAUUUAGCUUAUUAAACACACAAACAAUUUUCAAGUGAGAAUUAGGCAGGUCUGAUGCCGAAAAAUGAAGGAAAUUAUUGCCCUUCUUAACCAUAUUUUAUUUAUUUUAUGCCAAAAGUGUAGUGUGUAGUUCCAGUAGUUAGCUACACCACUACAUGGCAAAACAUAAUUAACAACUGAAAACACUACCUUUAUUUGAAUUUAGUUAAACUACCACCAACCUACUGCAAAACGUAGUUAAAUUACUAGUUGAACUAGAUGUAGUUCACUACUCCCCAACACUUCCCUCUACAUGACAACAGUCCAUUGGCCAUCCCCUCUAUGGAUUAUAGAAUAGUUCAUGCUAUAUAAAGAUACUGCUAGUCCAUAGUAAUGGCUAUAUUUGAAUCUCAUUCUGGGUGGUAAAUGUUAAUGCUAAAUGUAGCCAUGUUUUGCAGGCUUAUAGACACGCGGUUGCAUACACUCUGGAAUGAGACUAGCUUUUAGUAACCUGUGCUGCCACCUUGUGUUGGAAGUAUACAUGACAACACAAAACUCCACAAAACACAGUCAACAAUGCUGAUGGGGAUUGUGUAUUGGGCUCCUGUCCCGUCUCCAGUACAUUCAUAGAGAGGCCCCUAGAGUGACCCAACCUAAAAACCAACUGCCUCUCUAGCCCUGACAACUGACCUUCUCCUAUCAUCCCCCCAGUGCCUCCGAAGCCAGCGCACCUCCAGAGCCAGGUGACGGUGCCUGCUGGCCCCCCACUGGCGCUGGGGCGCGUGGAGAGAGCACUCCUCAGAGCCACCAUGGAGGAGGGAGGAGGAGGGGCGGUGACGGGGAAGAGCCGGGAGAAACCCUCCAAAGUCUUGGACCUCAUCAACCACUUUGAGGAGAACAGGUAGAGCACCAAGCAGGGAGAAAAAGUAGAGUACAGAGUGGGUAGGCGAGAAAAGUAUCAAUUACACCCUAACAGAGAUACAGCCCUAACUCAAAUAUGUGUGAAAUUAUUGCCCUUGUGUGUGUUCUUGCUCUUGUGUAAAAGAGUAACUAACUGCUAAGAGAGAGAAAGAGAAAGUAAUUUGAAAUGGAUACUUCUAUUUACAUCACUUAUCGUAAUAAAGGAAAUACAUUAUUCAGGCGGACAUGAGAGUAGUAAUCAGUGUGACGUCAAUAAACCUUGCAUGCAAAACAGAAAAGUUUAUAUUUCCUAAUAUCCCUUACUAUUUAGAAGAUGAAAUAAAAACCAGAAGUCACUUUCAGCCCGAUUUGUUGAUAUUUCUUCAGAGGAAAGCUUUAGACAGAGAGAGCAGUUUCUAUUUCACAAGUCAAAGCGUUAGUGGAGAAUGAAAAGAGAUUUGUACAGAGCGGAAAAUCAGCUCCCUCACUUGUGGGAGAGAGCUCACUGCUGUAGGAUAAAGUCUAGAAGAAAGAGGUAGGAUUUUAAUACACAAACUUUAUAUCAUGUUUCGAUUCCUGUCUCAAAUUAUGUUAGAUUGGGACCUUGAUCAAAAGGUUUGGCUAUGUGAAUCUGUCUAUUGUCAUUUGUCCCACAAGGGCAAGGCUGAGUGUUUCCUCUAUAGCAACACAGCCAUUAGUUGUGAUUUCAAUAAACAAACACUUGUUGCUAAUUGAAUAUAAGCAUUGUAGCUAUAUAUUGCACCAUCUGUCUUCAUCUAUUUUCCUAUGACUUUAAGACAUUUCUGAUUUCAUUCCUGCUUGGUUACAAGUCUGUGUGGGGAUUUUAGCAGCAUGUGAGGAGGCCCGUUAGUGAGAGCUUGAGAGGCAGAAACAAUGGUGCCCUUGUGUGAAACGCUCAUGCAGUGCAGUCCAACAGCAUUGAGCCAGCAUCGUUACCCCACUCCAUCCAGCACUGCCAACCAAGGCCUAUACAGGCCAUCUAAGGUCUCUUGAGCUACAAGCUCACCCUCAGAGUGAAUUUUGUUCAGUUCAGCAGAAGAAGGGCAGCCUAUAAGGAAUAGAAUUAGCCUAGUAAUUCUUAGGAGAGGAAACCUGGAAUUCCAGCACGUGAAGCUAUUAAUGUAGCAAUAAAGCCACCCUGUUAAUGAACAUUUUAGUCAUCUUAUCCAGAGCGACUAACAGUUAGUGCAUUCAUCUUAAGAUAGCUAGAUGGGACGAUCACAUAUCACAGGCAUAGGAAGUAUAUUUUUCUUCAAUAAAAGUAGCUAUCAGUAGAGUCAGAGCUAGAAGGGGGGUAGGGUUUCAGAUGUUUCCGGAAGAUGGGCAGGCACUCUGCUGUCCUAGUUUCAUGGGGAAGCUGCUUCUACCAUUGGGGUGCCAGGACAGAGAAGAGCUUGGACUGGGCUGAGUGGGAGCUUCCCUCCCGUAGGGGUGGGAGGGCCAAGAGACCUGAGGUGGCAGAACGGAGUGCUCGGGUUGGGGUGUAGGGUUUGAGCAUAGCCUGAAGAUAGGGAGGGGCAGUUUAUCUUGCUGUUCUGUAGGUAAGCAGUGGAUGCGAGCUUUGACUGGAAGCCAGUGGAGUGUGCAGAGGAGCGGGGUGACAUGAGAGAACUUGGAAAGGUUGAAAACCAGGCGGGCUGCAGCGUUCUGGAUAAGUUUCAGGGGUUUGAUGGCACAAGCUGGGAGCCCAGCCAACAGCAAGUUGUAGUAGUCCUGACGGGAGAGGAUAAGUGCCUGGAUUAGGACCGGCGCCGCUUCCUGUAUGAGGUAGGGUCGUACUCUACGGAUGUUGUAGAGCAUGAACCUGCAGGAGCGAGUCACUGCUUUGAUGUUAGCAGAGAACGACAGGGUGUUGUCCAGGGUCACGCCAAGGUUCUUUGCACUCUGGGAGGGCGACACUGGAGUUGUCAACCAUGAUGGAGAGGUCUUUGAGCGGGCAGGCCUUCCCCGGGAGGAAGAGCAGCUCCGUUUUGUUGAGGUUGAGCUUGAGGUGGUGGGCCGACAUCCAAGUUGAGAUAUCUGCCAGGCACACAGAGAUGCAUGCUGCCACCUGGGUGUCAGAAGGAGUGAAGGAGAAAAGAAGUUGAGUGUCAUCCACAUAGCAAUGAUAGGAGAGACCAUGUGAGGAUAUGACGGAGCUGAGUGACUUGGUGUAUAGAGAGAAGAGGAGAUGGCCUAGAACCGAGCCCUGAGGGACACCAGUAGUGAGAGUAUGUGGUGCAGACAGAUCCUCUCCACGUCGCCUGCCAGGUAGGAUGCAAUCCAAGAGUGUGUAGAGUCUGAGACGCUCAGCCCUGAGAGCGUGGAGAGGACGCUCUGAUGGUUCACAGUGUCAAAGGCAGCGGAUAGAUCUAGCAGGAUGAGAACAGAGGAGAGCGAGUCAGCUUUGGCAGUGCGGAGAGCGUCCGUGACACAGAGAAGAGCAAUCUCGGUUGAGUGACCCGUCUUGAAGCGUGACUGGUUAGGGUCAAAAGAUCGUUCUGAGAGAGAUAACGAGAGAGUUGAUCAGAGACAGCACACUCAAGUGUUUUGGAAAGAAAGAAGGGAUACAGGUCUAUACCCUUUGGCGUCAGAUGAGUUGAGUGUUCGUUUCUUGAAGAUGGGAGCGACUGGCCAUUUUGAAGUCAGAGGGGACGCAGCCAGUGGUCAGGGAUGAGUUGAUGAGGGAAGUGAGGAAUGGGAGAAGGUCUCCAGAGAUGGUCUGGAGAAGGGAGGAGGGGAUGGGGUCGAGCAGGCAGGUUGUCGGGAGGCCAGACCUCACUAGUCACAGGCUGUCAUCUGGGGAGAAAGAGGUCAAGGCGUAGGGUAGUUCUGUGUGAGUGAGACCAGUGGACUCAAUAGGCUGAGUGAAUGAGUAGCGGAUGUCAUCAACCUUCUUUUCAAAGUGGUUGACAAAGUCGUCCGCAGAGAGGGAGGAGGGAGGGGUUGGAGGAUUAAGGAGGGAGGAGAAGGUGGAAAAUAGUUUCCUAGGGUUAGAAGCAGAAGCUUUGAAAUUUAGAGUGGUAGAAAGUGGCUUUAGCAGUGGAUACAGAGAAAAUAGUAGUUGGAGAGAGAGAGCGAAGAUUGCGACAGCGCAUGACCAUCUGGGUAGGGUCUGAGUGGUUAGGGUUGGAGGAAAGGGAGACAGAAAAGGAAACAAAGUAGUGAUCAGAGAUCUGGAGGGGGGUUUCAGUGAGAUUAGUAGGCGAGCAGAACUAGUAAAGAUGAGGUCAGGCGUAUUGCCUGCCUUGUGAGUUGGAGGGGAUUGGGAAAGGGUGAGGUCAAAAGAGGCAAGGAGGAGAAAGAGAGAGUUGGACAGAAAUUAAUCUAAGGCAGACGUCUGGAGGUUGAAGUCGCCAAGUAUGAAGAGCAGUGAGCCAUCGUCAGGAAAUGAGCUUAUCAAGGUGUCAAGCUCAUUGAGGAACUCUCCAAGGGCACAUGGUGGGUGAUAGAUGACAAUAAUGUUAAGCUUGAGUGGACAAGUGACAGUGACAGCAUGGAAUUCAAAUGAGGAGAUUGACCGGUGAGAGAGGGAGAAAAGAGAAAAUCUCUAUUUAGGAGAAAUUAGUAGACCUGUGUUACCACCGCGACGACCAGAUGCUCUUGGACUAUGAGAGAAAACAUAGUCAGAUGAAGAAAGAGCAGCUGGAGUAGAAGUGUUCUCUGGGUUGAUCCAUGUCUCCAUCAGGGCCAAAAAGUCAAGUGACUGAAGGGCAGCAUAGGCUGAGAUAAACUCUGCGUUCUUGACCGCAGAUCGGCAGUUCCAAACGCUGCCAGAGACCCAGUAUUCUACAUGGGGUGUGCGCACAGGGUACACUAAAUUAGAAGGGUUGCAGCCAAGCGGUGGGGAGCGUCUGUAAAGCCCUUUGAUCCUGGUUGAUGUGUCAACAUCUAUCUGCAAAUUAUGAGCAGUCAGCAGUUCACACACCAAGUAGGCCACUGUAUAAUGUAUAACACAGUAUAAUGUUAUAAUUAUACUACUGUAUAUGUACUGAGGUGCAUUAAGGUGAAUUGGUCUUCUGUACAUAUUUUGGAAAGUUAACUGAAUUUCCUAAAGCCAAGGUUAUGAGGAGGAUAUGUGAAACAUAUUGCCUCAGUGUUUUGCUCAAGCGUUUCCAUGGCCUUUCCCAAUGUGGGUCUUUCUAUAAAUAAUGGGAUCAAAAUGUCAAAAUAAAAAGAUUUUUAUGCUGUUCCACAUGUGUACUUAGAGGAAUAAAAGUGAAUAUAUGCAAAUUAGCCCAUUACUCCACCUAUACAACAACAUAGGCCUAGGACUAUACAUCCUUUAAGCAGGGUUCAUACAGACAUUGGCAAGUCAAAUUCAAGGACUUUCAGGGACUUUUUCAAGCACUAAAUUGUAACUUUAUACAAUUGUAUAAUUUAUAUAAUAGUACAUAUAGAGACUAAUAUAGAACCCCCUCCCCACAAAAAGCAUGCAAAAACUGUAAAAGAAAAAGUAGGCCAUUACCACUUUAAGAAUAAUGAUUUUUUUUAGGCCUUGAUAUUCAAAUUAUUAUUACAUUCUAAAAUAUGUGUGAAUAAUGUGGACGUUGCCUGACUAAAUAGAUUGGAUGCAUGCAUGGCCAUUUUUCUGUAGCCUAUGUGGCUGACUCAGGCACACAUAAUAAAACAUAGACACACAUAAUAAAGCCAUGAAUAGCUAGGUGGCUAACGUUAGCUAGCUGGCUAACGUUAGCUAGGCUAGUGGGUUAAGGUUAGGGUUUAGUUUAGGAGUUAGGUUAAAGGGUUAUGGUUAGGGGAAGGGUUAGCUAAAAGGGUUAGUGUUAGAGGAAGGGUUAGCUAAAAGGGUUAAGGUUAGGGGAAGGGUUCGCUAACAUGUAGUAAUUAGCUAAAAUGCAAAAGUUGUCCGUAUUCGAACUCACAACCUUUGGGUUGCUAGACGUUCGCGUUAUACGUCUACCCAUCCACCAAACCAACCACCCUACUUUAGUUUUUGCCUUACUAAUUUGAGAAUCCCGGAUUUACUUUAUUAUGUUAUGUCUAGUCUAUGAGACAGGCUGCGCGAACACCUUUUGUCCAGCAUUUGGGCUGUUGUUGCAUUGCAUGCACUAUCACAACAGUUGUUCGUCACUUGGCUGUCAUUCGGAAAAUGUCUUCCUGGAUCAGAUGAGGAUGUGUGAAAAUGUCACGGCGUAAUUAAACAGCUCGACACCAAAUGCGCAUCCAACAAGUGUUGUGCAAAAUCAUUGAAGAACCACUUUAAUGACAGUAUCGAUUUAGGUAUCAAGGUAAGGUGACUCUUUCAGUUAUAAGCAUUCGAUUUUUCAAUCGCAUGUAUUAUUUUGGAUUUGUGUGUUUUCACCAGGUAACAUAAGGAGAUACAAAAUGUUAAGUAGUUACAUUGCAUUUCUGAGAUCUCUAUAAAUAUCUGACAGCUAGAUCCAUGAUUCUUACAGGGUUCAAGUUCAAUGUCUAAUUAACUGAUUCAUUCUUAAUAUAUGAUAUAAGGACAAUUUACACUGCCCUAAAUGCAAGGACAGAAAAGUAAUGGUUUAUGUCACACGAUUUUGGACAAAUCCGUCAAGACACCAACCAUGAUAAAGGGUUAAGCAUAUGUUUUAAAUCAACUUGUGAAUUUUAUUGAAUAUAGCUAUGAUCCCUCAUUAUAUCUUAAUGUAAUGGCAUGAACAAUUCUUAUUAGACUUAUCAACAGCUGUAACAAGUUCUCCAGUGUAAGAAAUCCUCACUGGUACCCUAGUUUAUAGAAAGACUGAACAACUACAACAGUCCUCUGUGGGUGGUAUAGUCACAACGAGGGUGUGACAUUGUAUCAAAGUGCAGAUUAGAACACCUUCCAUCCUCCAGCCCAGUAAUGACUCACCUGUAGAGUGUACAUCUCUAUUGUUCCUUUAUUCAUACACUCUUCCUGUUUCUACCGACUAGGGCUGUCCCCGACAAAAUAAAAUCUUGGUCGACCAAGAGUCGUCUGUUCUUUCGACCAAAUGUUUCAACGUGUAUUUUACGGCAGGCAGGCAGGCAGGCAGGCAGCAGGCAGGCAGGCAGGCAGGCAGGCAGGCAGGGCGGGCUCAGGUCCUCCGGGAGGGGAAGAAGAGAGAAUUACUGUGGGCCCAUCUGACGAUACCCCCGGACAGGGCCAACCAGACAGGAUAUAACCCCACCCACUUUGCCAAAGCACAGCCCCCACACCACUAGAGGGAUAUCAACAGACCACCAACUUACUACCCUGAGACAAGGCUGAGUAUAGCCCACGAAGAUCACCUCCACCGCACGAGCCGAGGGGGUGCAAAACCGGACAGGAAGAUCACGUCAGUGACUCAACCCACUCAAGUGCACUGAGCUUGUCCGAUUGUUUAAGCACACUGCUAGAUUAAAUAAUUAAGACACACAAAUUACUAGAGGUAGUCCGAUCGCAAUUGAUUUCAUUGUGCCGGGCCUGCUCAGACUUGCUGCGCUGUGUUAAAAAAGAAAAUGACAGCGAGUGACUGUGUGACUAGCACCCGUUGUCUCUCUCACCUCCCUGCUGCAGCGACCACCACACAUUAACAGUGUUUAUUGCUCUGUCCGUGUUGAUGAAGCUGCAACAUAAUUUCAAAAAUGUCUGACUGAAAUGUUCUGUUACUGAAAUCCCUCAUUAGGAAAAACAUUCCCUAUUCCCUCAACCCUUGCUCUCUUUACGUGACACAUGUAUGCAUCGCAUGCACGUGACCAAUAGGGCCUGACCUAUAGCAUAUCGUAAUCACAUCAAUAAAUUGGUUAUAACAAACUCCGAACACCGUAACAGCAAAAUGGAUGCAGAGGACUUGACAAAUAAACUCAAAAUGGGGGAAUGUUUACUGGUUGCUCAGGAGGUAAAGGGGGAGUCAGAUGUGUGGAAUAAAUUUAACUAGUUGUGGAAAAUACUGGAGUUCAAGAAAAAUAAGGUAAGGAGCAAGCGCUGAGUGCAUAUUAUGUGUGUCAAAUAGGUGCUGUUAGAUUACAAAAAAAAUUAUUCUGACCGUUUGGAACAAUGUGAACAACACUAAAUAAAUUAUAAGCGUACCAGAGAGUCUGUUGUAAUGUUUUUUUGUCAAGCCUUUAUUACAGCAAAGACUAAAAACAGUCACAUUUAUUGGUGUUUAUGAAAAAUAUAGGCCUAAGUAUGUUAUGGUAUUAAGACUAAACAGGAUGCGCGCUUAGGUCUACAGAUCGAUGGUGGUUAUACAAGGCUGCUAUACUAACCCUACUAAUGAUAAUGACAUUACUUAUGAUUGUAAUGAUGAUCAUAAUAAUAAAAGUAAUGAUAACAAUAAGAAGGAGAUCAAGAAAAAGGAGGGUUAUUAUUAUUAUUAUUAUUAUAAAUUAAAAAAAUCAGACAAUUUGGAACAGUGUAAACAUUCAACAGCGUACUGAUGUGUUUCAGCACCGUGGACAGCGACCACUAUCCAACGCGAGAAAUGCGCAUAUAAAAUUAUAUUAUUUUUAUUAGUGUUGCACUAUUGUUCUUACAUAAUAUAACCAUAUACAAUUUCAGUAGCACGUCUUAGAGUGAUGGACUGUGCCAUCCCUGUGGCCUCCGCAAUGGAUUAGUCCACUCAGACAGGCGCAAAUCAGACAGGUGUCUUGUGCAUCAUGAAACACUAUUUUGAUAUUUGCUACUGCUCGACUACAGAAAUCUCGGUCGACCAACAGCCUAUCGGCCAAACAAUAGUGCUGGGCAGUGGUGGAUAGUGCUGGAUAGUGCUGGAGAGUGGUGGAUAGUGCUGGAGAGUGGUGGAUAGUGGUGGAUAGUGCUGGGCAGUGGUGGAUAGUGCUGGGCAGUGGUGGAUAGUGCUGGGCAGUGGUGGAUAGUGCUGGGCAGUGUAGGCUGAGGGGACUGGAAGGGAAGUGUCAUCUGAGGGCAGGUGGGUCACAGACAUGGAAACAGCUGGACGAGCUGUAGGAUAUGGUACUGCCGGAUGGAGGGGUGUGUGUGUGUGUACGUGUGUACGUGUGUACAAGUGUGUGCGUGUGUAAACGUACGUGUGCAUUCAGAAGUAGGGCAGCAGGUUAUCUCUGGGGACUGUUGCUCUACCUUUCCAGUCUUCCUCUCCUCCUCCGCUCCUCUUUUCCUCCACUCCACUCCUCCCCUGCCCUAAGCACUCACACCUCCUCUGCACAGCUCACAGCAGCCCCGUAAGACAAGAGGACGUUGGUGCAUCUCAACUGUUUUAUUUUUAACACGCGGACAUACUUCAAUGCUGCCGCGCAGUCUCUGUCUCUCUCACUCUUUCACAGCACUCACUAGUCACUAUACUUAAUAGCAACUGAACUUGCUCACCUGCUCUCUCUUCUCUUCUCCUUUCCUGUCGUCUUUGGCUUUACGUGUUUAUCAGCGGUGGUCUCUGACUUCCUCUUGCUCUAUCCCUCUUCCUCUCCUCUCACAGCCUGAUGGAAACCAAGAGGGAGGGCUCGCCACUGAAGCAGCUUAGCAAGUCACCCCUCUGCAGUCCGGCUCACCGGGGCUACCAGAGACAGUCUGAGCCCAAGCAGCAGGACAACAACUUGGUGGAUUCAGGCUCUGUCCCGGGAACGCCACGGGAUGCCCACAAACCGGCAGCUAACGGGGUGCUAGCCCAGGUGGACAGAGACAGGGACAGGGAGAGCGGGUUCCCCCUGAGGACAGACACUGCCCUGGUGAAUGGGGACAUGGGAGACAGGAGCACAGAGCAGAGUGGGGGUGACGCCCCUCCAAACACAAAGACCCAUACUGAGACAGAGACCCAUGCUGAGACAGAGACCCAUGCUGAGACAGAGACCCAUGCUGAGACAGAGACCCAUGCUGAGACAGAGACCCAUGCUGAGACAGAGACCCAUGCUGAGACAGAGACCCAUGCUGAGACAUGCUGAGACAGAGACCUAUGCUGAGACAGAGACCCAUGCUGAGACAGAGACCCAUGCUGAGACAGAGACCCAUGCUGAGACAGAGACCCAUGCUGAGACAGAGACCCAUGCUGAGACAGAGACCCAUGCUGAGACAGAGACCCAUGCUGAGACAGAGACCCAUGCUGAGACAGAGACCCAUGCUGGGGAGGACAGUCCACCUACAGGAGACCCCCAACCGAAACAAAGGAAGGAGGAGGGCACUGUGGAGCAGAAGGUACCGGUAAGUGUCUGUGGGGUGGAUGGUGUGUGUGUUACUAUAAAGCUGUUACACUGAGUGGCCAGAGAGUUCAUGUCAGCACAGUGUUGGUGUUUAUGCAUGUGUUUUCCCUGGCACAUUUAUGUAUAUCCCCAUGUCAGAUGUCUCAGGAUAUUUUCCCAUUAGAGCUAUGUGCUGUCUCAUUUAACUGACUUCACAGUCUAAUGUAACAUCACAGCACCUUUACUACAGUACACACUAAAGUGUUCUGCUGCUGUCCUCAUAGGAGAACCCUUUUUGGUUCCAGAUAGAACCCGUUUUGGUUCCAGGUAGAACUCUUUUGGGUUCCAUUUAGAACCCUCUGUGGAAAGGGGUUCUAAAUGGGGUUCUUCAAACCAAAAGGGGUUCUUCAAAGGGUUCACCAAUGGGGACAGCCAAAUAACCCUUUUUGGUUCUAGAUAGCACCAUUUUUUCUAAGAGUAUAGCCUUUGUCUCAGCAGUGUGUCUGGUUCUUACUGACUGAGUCUGCUACUGCUGGGGGUCAUUUUCGGGACUGGACUGAACAGAUGUCAAAUGCUUCAGCAGCUGAAGAGUUGAGUUUAAACCACAGUAACCCUGUGGGAGGCCUUGCUGCUGCCUGGCUGAAUGCCUCGUGAUUAUAAAUAUCUGUCUCUCAGAUUAGUGUGUUCACUCAGCAGUGAAUGAAACCCCCUAUCUCUACAUGGUAGUGUAUGAGAGAUUGGCUCUAGCUAGAGUUAAAGUGGAUCCUAUGCUUCAUGGCUUGUCAGUCUAUACUGUAUCUCUGUUGGUUACUAGACAUACUAAGCUAGCAGAGAGAGAAGAAGACCAUGGGUGGUAGAAAUGUUGUGUAUUUUUGAUAAAAGUAAUACAUAACGUACAGUAGAGCUGGGGGACAAUUUCUCCGAGUGUGUUUUGUCAGUUUUAGCAGGACAGUGGACCUACAGUAUACCACCAUACCUAAAACGUAUGCACGCAUGAUCAUAAGUCGCAUUGGAAAAAGGCAUCUGCUAAAUGGCAUACAUUACACUACUGGUCAAAAGUUUUAGAACACCUACUCAUUCAAGGGUUUUUCUUUAUUUUUACUAUUUUCUACAUUGUAGAAUAACAGUGAAGACAUCAAAACUAUGAAAUAACAUAUGGUAUCAUGUAUUAACCAAAAAAGUGUUAAACAAAUCCACAUUUAUUUUAUAUUUGAGAUUCUUCAAAUAGCCACCCUUUACCUUGAUGACAGCAUUGCACACGCUUGACAUUCUCUCAACCAGCUUCAUGAGGUAAUCACCUGGAAUGCAUUUCAAUUAACAGGUGUAAUUUGUGUAAUUUCUUUCCUUCUUAAUGCAUUUGAGCCAAUCAGUUGUGUUGUGACAAGGUAGGGGGGGUGUAUACAGAAUAUAGCCCUAUUUGGUAAAAUACCAAAUAAACAAAGCGAAACGACAGUCCAUCAUUACUUUAAGACACCAGUAAGAAGAAGAGAAUUGCUUUGGCCAAGAAACAUGAGCAAUGGACAUUGGACUGGAGGAAAUUUGUCCCUUGAUCUGGAGUCCAAAUUGGAGAUUUUUUGUCCCAACCGCCGUGUCUUUGUGAGACGCGGUGUGGGUGAACGGAUGAUCUCCGCAUGUGUAUUUCCCACCGUAAAGCAUGGAGGAGGAGGUGUUAUGGUGUGGGGGUGCUUUACUGGUGACACUCUCUGUGAUUUAUUUAGAAUUCAAGGCACACUUAACAAGCAUGGCUACCACAGCAUUCUUCAGCGAUACGCCAUCCCAUCUGGUUUGGGCUUAGUGGGACAAUCUGUUAUUCAACAGGACAAUGACCCAACACACCUCCAGGCUUUGUAAGGGCUAUUUUACCAAGAAGGAGAGUGAUGGAAUGCUGCAUCAGAUGACCUGGCCUUGACAAUCACCCGACCUCAACCAAAUUGAGAUGGUUUGGGAUGAGUUGGACCACAGAGUGAAGGAAAAGCAUCCAACAAGUGCUCAGCAUAUGUGGGAACUCCUUCAAGACUGUUGGAAAAGCAUUCCAGGUGAAGCUGGUUGAGAGAAUGCCAAGAGUGUGCAAAGCUGUCAUCAAGGCAAAGGGUGGCUAUUUGAAGAAUCUCAAAUAUAACAUAUAUUUUGAUUUGUUUAACACUUUUUGGGUUACUACAUGAUUCCAAAUGUGUUAUUUCGUAGUUUUGAUGUCUUCACUAUUAUUCUACAAUGUAGAAAAUAGUCAAAAUAAAGAAAAACCCUUGAAUGAUAGGUAUUCUAAAACUUUUGACCGGUAGUGUAUAUAUUAUUAUUAUUAUUAUUAUUAUUAUUAUUAUUAUUAGAAGCUGAGACAGAGAACCCUUGCAAGUGGUUUCUCAAUGUCACGCCCUGGCUCUGGGACUCUGUUAUGUUGAGCCAGGGUGUGUGGUUUCAAUGUGUUUUGUGUGCUAGGGUGAUUAUCUAGUUCAUUUGUUUCUAUGUUGGCCGGUGUGGUUCUCAAUCAGAGGCAACGUGUAUCAGCUGUUGCUUGUUGUCUCUGAUUGGGAACCAUACUUAGGCAGCCUGUUUUCCACAGUGUGUUGUGGGAUCUUGUUCCGUAUGGUUUGUAUUGUAACCAAGGACUUCACGUUUCGUAUCGUUUAUUGUUUUGGUUCGUUGUGUGUACAAGUAAAAAAGAAUGUACGCUUAUCACGCUGCGCCUUGGUCCGUUGCUUAUGACGAUCGUGACAGAAGAUCCCACCAUAACUGGACCAAGCAGCGUGUCCAGGAGCCAACGCCAGAGAGGACUCUAAUGAAUAUCAACCUCGACUGGGUCAAGCAGCGUGAGGAGGAGAGAGGCUGGACUUUGGAGCAGAGGAGCGAGAGUCUGGCGAGAGCCAUGGAGGCCUGGUCCACGGGGAGGAGAGACGCCCAGAAAUUUUUUAGGGGGGGGGGGCUCACGCCGUGGAUGACGGGGCAGCAGGAGGCCGGGAUAGAGUGGUUCAGCGGGUUGGCAAAGGAGGCCGCCAGGUUACGGGAGUCACUGGUCACCAGGGGGAAGGAGAAUGUAGAGGCACGGCGAGAGGUACUGGGGUGUGUUGCCAGUCCGGUCCGGCCCGUUCCUGAUCCCCGCGUAGGGCCAGUGGUGUGUGUCCCCAGUACGGUCCGGCUUGUUCCUGUCCCUCGCACCGAGCCUGUGGUGCGCUUCGUCAACCCGGUUCGGCCCGUCCCUGCUCCCCGCACCAAGCCAAUGGUGCGCGUCGUCAGCCCGGUCCGGCCCGUCCCUGCUCCCCGCACCAAGCCUGUGGUGCGCGUCGUCAGUCCAGCACAGCCCGUGCCUGUUCCACCGGUGCCUGAUCCGGAACCGGUCAGCUGCUCCACUCCGGAGCUAGAGCAAUCCGCUCCACCAGUGUUCAGUCCAGCUCCGGCCAGCAGGGCCAGACCGGACCAGGGGCGCUUUGGGGGGUUUGUUGGAGGGUGGGGAUCAAGCCCGGAGCCGGAACCGCCUCCGAGGAGGAAUGCCCACCCGGCCCUCCCCUGUUCGGUUUAUGUUUGGCGCGGUCGCAGUCCGCGCCUUUGGGGGUGGGGUACUGUCACGCCCUGGCUCUGGGACUCUGUUAUGUUGAGCCAGGGUGUGUGGUUUCUAUGUGUUUUGUGUGCUAGGGUGAUUAUCUAGUUCAUUUGUUUCCAUGUUGGCCGGUGUGGUUCUCAAUCAGAGGCAACGUGUAUCAGCUGUUGCUUGUUGUCUCUGAUUGGGAACCAUACUUAGGCAGCCUGUUUUCCACAGUGUGUUGUGGGAUCUUGUUCCGUAUGGUUUGUAUUGUAACCAAGGACUUCACGUUUCGUAUCGUUUAUUGUUUUGGUUCGUUGUGUGUACAAGUAAAAAAGAAUGUACGCUUAUCACGCUGCGCCUUGGUCCGUUGCUUAUGACGAUCGUGACACUCAAUGUGUGAAACAUUCAGCUUGCUUGGGUAUUCUGCCAGUAAACACACACAAAGUUAUACUUGACUAGUAACCCAAUUUACAGUCAGUGUAUUCGUGUGAAUUUUGGGUGGAGAGUUCAAGGAAGGACUGCUUUGAGGUAGAAUAUUUGUAAUACUCUGGUAAAUGGUUUGAAUGUUAAUGAACUAUUUUGUACAUUGUGAUAGAGAAGAAUAAUACAUUCAAAGUAAUAAAUAUGAGAAUAAAUAUUUGUACAGAACGUAGCACAGAGCAAGACAACAUUCCUCUUGAACAAUACAUGUGCGAUACACACAAAGAAUCCAUCUAUAUCAAUGAAUAGAGGAAGCGAACAUUCAUUCAUUCUCUGUUCAGCCCUAAGUUUCCUGCAGAAUCUUGAUUUCUUAAGUAUGUGGGAGACACUCGUUGGUCGGUGUUUUAUAUACCGUACUGUUACAGUUCAUUGGUCUCAUUUCCCCCUUCCAGCCUUUCAUUUUCUGUUUUGAGAGGCUCCCCCACACCACAGUCACACACACACACACUCCACAAUAGCCCAAUAUACACAGGAACACAUACUAUAGUAUGCCCAAACAGCACUCCUUAUUAAAAGGAAUUGUGGAACCCUCAAUUAAAAGGAACAUAAAACAUAGAUUGAACUAAAACCCUUUGUUGUCUUAAUGUUAACAUUGCUGUGUUGAAGCACAAGUGUUUGUUUAAAGCGAUGCUGUUAUAGAUCUCUCUGGGGAAGUGUGUGUGUGUGUGUGUGUGUGUGUGUGUGUGUGUGUGUGUGUGUGUGUGUGUGUGUGUGUGUGUGUGUGUUUGUGUUUGUGUCCGCUAUAACAAAAUGGGAUCCUAGUGCAGCAUGAGGACAAUGUGGGAGUGAGCGUGACCUUCAGGCUCAGAGUUCAAUGCCUCCUUUACUCCCAAUUGUCUAACCUGACUUGAACACAAUAUAUAUUAUAAUAUACAAAUAUAUUAUUUGUCGAGGGGCCCUUUUCACCACCUCUAGCUAUAGGAACAUGGCGAUGUCUAUGAACUGUACAUACAGUAUGCAUCUCCCCAACUUGUCCCACAGCCAACUGACACACCUCUCUCUUCUGUGUUUCAGGAGACCAACGAACAGAAGCUGCACAAGAUCGCCAAUGAGCUCCUGAAGACAGAGAGGGCCUACGUCACACGGCUCAACCUGCUGGACCAGGUGAGUGUGUCCCACUGUCCGUCCAGGGUUCUACCAGUAGGUAGAAAACGUUUUGAUACUGUGAGAAACAGGGAGGUAUUACCUGAACUUGUCCAAUAACAGAAUGUCGGUGUGAUAUGGUGUGUCCUACUGAACAAUGACCCAGGUCUACCUCAGCUUGAAAAGAAGGCAGUGUUCAUUAUUAUGAUCAAUUCAGUGUGGUUUACCUCACCUGGCCAUGUUGCGCCACCAUCCAGGUGUUCUGUGCCAAGCUGAUGGAGGAGGCUCUGAAGGGCACGUUCCCUGUGGACGUGGUGAAGAACAUCUUCUCCAACAUCUCCUCCAUCAACACCUUCCAUAGCCAGUUCCUGCUGCCAGACCUGGAGAAACGCAUGGGAGAAUGGUAAGCUCCUCAUGACUGACCGGCCACGGAGUUAUAGACUCUGAACACAGACCCAUUCAAGUGCAUGCACUCACAGAUUUCACCCCUGAGAAUGGAUGAAAAUACGAUACAAAACAAUAUUGCUACGAUAAGUAACAAUUCUGCCUCUGUGACUCAUUCAGAAUCAGAUUCACUCAGAUGUAACUUCACACAGAUGUAAUAAAGUUGGGGUUUUUAAAUGAUUGUCCGUUGAAAAAUCAUGGUUGAGUCAUCCUCCACUUGGUGGAGUUUCAGGUUAAGGGAUGGUUACCUUGAGGUCCCUAUCUAACUGUCACUCCUCCCUACAGGGAGUCCACCCCUCGCUUGGGGGACAUCCUGCAGAAGCUCACGCCCUUCCUGAAAAUGUACGCUGAGUACGUGAAGAACUUUGACAAGGCCAUGGAGCUGCUUAAACAGUGGACGGACCGCUCUCCACAGUUUAAAUCCACCAUCCAGGACAUACAGGUACCAGUGUAGAUUCGAAACACUAGCCUGAUUCAGAAGUGCACAGGUAUGCAGUUGUGGAUUAACACAUUGUUUGUAUAGGAAUGAUAUAAUUCCAUAGCAAUUCUAGGAAUUACAUGAUCUGAGUUUGGGACUGUAGCACUGCAAUAAUUGACCUGUGGAUAUACAGAUUUCUGCUGCAAGGUCUCAUUUGGUUUGCAAAGAGAAAGACAGAAAUCUAUCUAUAUCUCACUAUUGAUUUGUACUAUGAAUAGUAAUCAUGGAAUGGAACAAUUGAAUAAUUUAUGGUUGUGUCAACUGGUCCUGUUGAAUGGAUAUUCCUCUAACAAUUGUGUGGUUUUACUUUUAAGCCUUGAACCUUGAAGUGACAGUGGACUGUUUUGUUUUUUGUGUUUCAGAGUCAGGAAGCGUGUGGCAGUUUGACGCUGCAGCACCACAUGUUGGAGCCGGUACAGAGAGUUCCCCGUUACGAGAUGCUGCUCAAAGACUACCUGAAGAAACUGCCUCAGGACGACCCCGACCACCGAGAUGCAGAAAGUGAGUACAACACUGGAAAGUGCUUUUUACUAUUCAUAAUCUGUACACAGUAGAGCAGGAGUCCAUGUAACUCGAAAUACUUUCUUGUGAUUAUAAUUGUGUAUUUACUUCACAUAAAAAAAGACAUUUGAAACCUCCAUUGCCAAGUAUAAACAUUUUCCUUACAUUGAAAACACACAAAACUGUUGUUUACAAUUGUAUAAUUUUUUUAUUACAUAAUACAUUUCAUUUUCAUAAGGUCAAAGUUCAUCAUUCCUUAUUUCCAUGUUCCUCAGAGUCAUUGAACAUCAUCGCCAUGGCAGCCACACACUCCAACAGUGCCAUUCGAAAAUCUGUGAGUAUCUGCAGCACACCACUCUUAUAAUCUGAAAUAAAAUCAGGGCCUGUAUUCAAAAAGCUUCUCAGAGUAGGAGUGCUGAUCUGGGAUCAAUUUUGCCUCUAUGAUUUUUACGAAUAAGAUUAUAUGGACAAGGGGGACCUGAUCCUAGAUCAGCACUUCUACUCAGAUGCUUUUUGGCUAGUGCUUGAACCCAACCAAGCUUUUUGAAUCCAACUAAAACCCCUUCCCUUCUCAGGAGAAUCUGAAGAAGCUGCUGGAGAUCUAUGAGAGGUUAGGGGAGGAGGAGGACAUCGUCAACGCCUCCAAUGAGUUCAUCAAGGAGGGACACAUCCUGAAGCUGGCUGCCAGGAACACCUCGGCUAUGGAGAGAUACCUCUUCCUGGUGAGAAACACACACACACAUGCAAUGCAUGCACGCGCACGCACGCACGCACGCACGCACACACACACACACAUUUCACUUAAUCUCUGUACUCAACCAAGUCUGGAGCAAUAUAUUAGCAAAACAAGCAUUAAUCAUAGGUGUUUCUUUGUUCCCCUUCAGUUCAACAACAUGCUGUUGUACUGCGUGCCCAAGUUCAGUCUGGGAGGGCCCAAGUACACAGUACGCACCCGCAUCGGCAUCGAGGGCAUGAAGGUACUAGGGACCACCAACGAGGACUACCCCCACACCUUCCAGGUGUCUGGCAAGGAGAGGACUCUGGAGCUUCAGGCCAGGUAAGCUGUUACAUCCUACAGAGCCAUACACACAGGUAACUGCCAUAAUAAAGGAAACACCAACAUAAAGUGUCUAAUAGGGUCACCACGAGCCACCAGAACAGCUUCAAUGCACCUUGGCAUCGAUUCUACAAGUGUCUGGAACUCUAUUGAAGGGAUGCGACAACAUUCUUCCACAAGAAAUUCCAUCAUUUGGUAUUUUAUUGAUGGUGGUGGAAAAUGCUGUCUCAGGUGCCACUCCAGAAUCUCCCAUAAGUGUUCAAUUGGGUUAAACCCCCUAUGCUCCAUUGAGGAAUACCUGGAAUAGUAUAAAGUAAUCCUUCUUCCCCCACCCCCCAUUAAAUCUUUAUUUUUAUUUUUUUUUAUCAUAAGUUGAAUGCACCAAUUUGUAAGUCGCUCUGGAUAAGAGCGUCUGCUAAAUGAUGUAAAUGUAAAAAUGUAAAUGAAACCCCUCUUUCUAAGUCACUGAGAUCUCUUCUUCUAGCCAUGGUAGCCAAAAUAAUGGGCAACUGGGCAUUUUUAUAAACGACCCUAAGCGUGAUGGGAUGUUAAUUGCUUAAUUAACUCAGGAACCACAUCUGUGUGGAAGCACCUGCUUUUAAUAUACUUUGUAUCCCUCAUUUAGUGUUACCUUUAUUUUGGCAGCUAGCUGUAGAUAACAGCCAUAGUUCUACUCCACCCUAUAGCCAUAUGUAUAAAAAAACAUUUACUGCCAUGAUUCUCAGAAUAACUGUAUACUACAGUCCCACACCCUAUUGCUAACAAUCUCCACUUGGCACAGACAGAACAGGACGGCCACCCCUCAGAGCCUGCUUCCUGCCUUUCUAGGGAGUUUUUCCUAGCCACCGUGCUUCUACAUCUGCAUUGCUUGCUAUCUGGGGUUUUAGGCUUGGUUUCUGUAUAAGCAUUUUGUAACAAUUGCUGUUGUAAAAAGGGCUUUCUAAAUACAUUUGAUUGAUUUGAUUGACUAUAAUUUGGCCACAUCCCUCUGCUAACCCUAUGGGGUUUUAAGUGUAUGAGAAGUACACUAUUACAGCUCAUCAUAGUCCCGUGUGGCUCAGUUGGUAGAGCAUGGUGCUUGUGGGUUCGAUUCCUACGGGGAAUCAGUACAAAAAAGUACGAAAAUGAAUGACACUCACUACUGUAGGUCGCUCUGGAUAAGAGCUUCUGCUAAAUGAUGUAAAUGAUAAACAGUAGUGUAACAUUCCAUUCCAUACAGAUGUAGGAUCUUAAUUUGAUCCCUCUUUUGUUGCUGAGAAUGUUGCUGCACCUCAGGAAAUGCAGAUGAGCUUUGUGAUGUACAUAAAUUCACUGAAAACCCACACUGUUAUAUUAACAGUAUUGCACUUUUCAUGUAGCCUACUUUUGGCCGGAUAAUAGCCUAACCACUGAUCAAGCUACAUUAUGGACUAAUGUUUAUUUCAUUUUUCAGCUCCGAACAAGACAAGGACAAUUGGAUAAAGGUACAUGAUCACAUUCUUAUUGAUUUACACUAUUAUUUUAUUUCCUGUAUGUUCAGUAGAUUUGGGUGUGUAUUGCUGACCAUGUUUCUGUCUGUGUGUGUGUGGCCUGCAGGCUUUUCGGGAGACCAUUGAGAUCUUCCAUCAGAAGAAUGAGACAUUCAAGUCAGCCUCCAAAGAUGUGGAGGAAGUGUCGGUGAGUGUCAUCACAAUGAACAUGACCUCUGACUCUUCUUGUGCACUGAAUGAGUGUCAAAGAUCCUCCUGUGCCUGAGCUACAUGUGUCGGUGUGUAUUGUUCUCUAGACGGCAGAGCUGGGGAAACGUGCCCCUCGCUGGAUACGGGACAAUGAGGUGACAAUGUGUAUGAAGUGUAGAGAGCCCUUCAAUGCUCUGACGCGACGGAGACACCACUGUCGAGCCUGUGGCUAUGUGAGUGAAGCGUCCGCUCGACACCAUGCUCGACCUCUCUCUAUCUCAGAACCCAUUAUAACAUGUUUAUACUCAAUAUAUAGCACCCAUUAUAAAAUGUUAAUACUAUUUGUGAUGCUCAACCCAUUUGACUGCUGGCUGUUUGGCUAGUUUACACUGUAUUGUUCGUUCAGUGUUAGACUGAUGUCUUCUGUUCCUGUAUCAGGUUGUGUGUUGGAAGUGCUCAGACAACAAGGUGGCCCUGGAGUACGACAGCAACAAGAUCAACAAGGUGUGUAAGGACUGCUACUCCAUCCUGACUGGAGAGGAAAAGGCAGAGGGCAAGAAGAAGGGCAUUCUGGAGGUGAGGGGCACACACACACACACACACACACACCUGCGUCUGCAUAUAUUCUGUGUCUAAACAGCACUCCUCUGUCAACAGAUUGAGGCCGCCCAGUUCUCCGGCAGCAGCAUCAUGUGUGGCUUCCUGCAGUACUGUGAGAAGAACAAGCCCUGGGGGAAGGUGUGGUGCGUCAUCCCAGAGAAGGAGGCGUUGGUGCUCUACCUCUACGGAGCGCCACAGGUUAGUCAAACACAUAAUGUGGAGCAGUGGAUGCUUCUGAGGGACGGCUCAUAAUAAUGGCUGGAACAGAGCGAAUGGAAUGGCAUCAAACCAUGUUGUUUGAUGUAUUUGAACCAUUCCACUCAUUCUGCUCUAGCCAUUACCAUGAGCCUGUCCUCCCCAAUUAAGGUGCCACCAACCUCCUGUGAUGUGGACAUUGUCAAUCUUAAACAUGCAAAGACAUCCACAUUCUCUAUAACCAUAUUUGUUAUGAAUGGGGGCAAGAGUUUUCCUUCACCCUGUGACCUGAUUAGCUGAAUAGGAGAAACUCCUCUGUACCUAGUUACAAUAUAAAUUAUCUCCCCCUCCUCUCUCAGGAUGUGAAGGCCCAGUCCACUAUCCCUCUUCUGGGUUACUCUGUGGAGGACAGCCCCCGGCCUGCCGACCUUCCAGCCAGCUUCCGUUUGUCACAGUCCAAAUCAGUCCACAGCUUCGUGGCCGAGAGCGAUGAGCUGAAACAGCGCUGGCUCAAGGUGAUCCGGGUGGCCGUGACUGGGGAGGUGCCCGAGUGCCCCCCUCCCAACGAUGCCACGGGCACCAUGGCCGUGGACGGCGCCCAGGAGACAAGCUCAGACAGCACCUAACUGUGUGGUGUGGCAUGGAACAACUGAAGACCGCCAGAGACCUAUGUGCAUUUAUGCACACACACACACAGUCCCAUGCUACCCUCAUGGACACACACACACACAGUCCCAUGCUACCCUCAUGGACACACACACACACACAGUCCCAUGCUACCCUCAUGGACACACACACACAGUCCCAUGCUACCCUCAUGGACACACACACACACAGUCCCAUGCUACCCUCAUGGACACACACACACACACAGUCCCAUGCUACCCUCAUGGACACACACAAGAACAGUCCCAUGCUACCCUCAUGGACACACACACACACAGUCCCAUGCUACCCUCAUGGACACACACAAGAACAGUCCCAUGCUACCCUCAUGGACACACACAAGAACAGUGUGGAAACUCAGUGCUGGAUAAGCUGCCUUCCCUUUCCAUUCCACGCCUCUCCUCCUUCCCUGAGUGGAUUCUACCAAUCAUAAGCGAGUGCAGGAUUGGACCGCACAGCUCCACCAAUAGAGCUGUGCAUUCCAAUCAUC